GUGCUGAUAUACAUUGCUCUUUGGAGGUGAUUUUGAGCACAUGCAGUGAUUUCCACCACAGAGUUAUCUGUUUCUGCAAUACCUAUAGAUCACAGCCAUUCUGAAUUGACAGUGUACGGUGCGUAGAGCAGAAGACGUGGUUGAGAGCGUGGAGUGACAUGCAGGAAGGGGACCAUGGGGUGGAAUUGAGCCCAGGCUGUCUGCCUAUAUGGAGCUAACUUUGACUGCUCAGCCUACGGUGUCCCUCAAAGUUUGUGUUCAUCAACAGAUGACACAGUGUCACAAUAUUUUGGAUUUUGGGUCAUACCAUCAUCUAACUGAUAAAAGUGUUCAAUCUUAAGGUUGACAGAAACCUUUAAAAUUCCAGGGUGAAGGUUUCAGAGUCCACCGGAGCAUUUUCACAGUAAUAUUUAUAUAGGAAGCCGAUGGAGGGUUUUUCAGUGUUUUUUCUCCUUCCUGGUUCCCCCCAGUCCCUAUGUAGUCGCCAUAGAUCACAUCAUACUUCUUUGGACGUGUUUCAAUUCAACAUCAUUGUGUACUCCUUAUUAGUACAUGUAGCUGAGAAGUAUUUCACUGAGCGCUAGUUGGCAGAUAUAAUAUGACUAUAGUGAGAUCUGGAAAAAAAGGGCAGCUAAGGUGACUUGAAGCUGGACCCAUCUUUAAUAAAGUGUCUCUAUUGGAUAAACGAGAAGGUUACAACAGCUCAUACAAAGAGCCAAGUGCAGGAAAGGACAGCAUGUGUACAGAUGAGAUUGUUUACCAUCCCUCAAAACACUGUAGGUCCUCAGUUGCCCUGCUGGAACAAACCUGUUUGUUGAGUUGUUUUUCAUAGCCCUCCUGUCAAAUCUAACAUUUCAAAGGUGUCGAGUUCCUCUGUGUGGAGCCCCUUUCACCCACAGCGACCUGGAUGUGUGAACUACUUGAAACCAGAGUAGAUAGACCUGAAAGUCUCAACGGUGGUGAGGCCUCUGUCACCUCAAACAACAGUAAGUCUGGUGUAAAAACCUGACUGGGGAAGCACUGCACCCCAGUGGUAGAUUAUCUGUAGUGCUGAAGGCAACUGACUUCUACUGAUUGUUGAUUUUCCACAUUAUCAGUGAUUUCACUUUAAAUGUUUUGCUGUAAGUGACUGAAAUACAUUCCCCUGCUUGCUAUGCCUUUAAUUUAAGUUUUCCCAUAGACUGUACAAAAGAAAUGACACAAUAGCAGCAAUCCCAAGUGGAGUCAACAGAUUCAACGCCUGUCAACUUAAAAAUUUUGAAUAUCAGGUACAUUUCAUCAUAAAGCAUAACAUUACAAAGGUUAGAUAAUGCAUGACAUUUUCAUCUGUCUUCAUGAGCAUCACUAGAUGGUAACAAGAUGGAGUAAAUGUGAACAUUAGAUGGUAUUUGGCAGCACAUAAAAAAAAGAUGAAUAAUGAUAAAUAAUAAUAAUAAUAUCUUACAUUUGUAUAGCGCCUUUCAAGAUACCCAAAGCGCUUAACAACACACUACAAAAAAAAAAAGUGCAGGAGUGCAGGAAAAAAACAGGAGAAAGGUGAUAAAUUGAAAAAGGAAAAAGAAUUGAAGAGAGAGAAAUGACUGCUCAAAAUGACCCGGUGUGGUUUUGAUUAGGGUGUGUACAACAGUCAUUUACAUAUAAAAGGGUAGUGAAUCUAUGUGAUGUAAAUCUUAACAUUUUUCAUGUAAAUGUAAGUUUCCAGCAACAAAACUGUGGCUGGUAAAAAUGCUGAGGGCUCGUAAUCAGCAAAAAAAGUUUCAAGCCCUGCUGUACUAACAAGCCGACCCUUUGAUGAAACUAAAGAGUCUCCUGUGUGAUCCAAACACUCAGCCUUGUAUCUUAGUAAAAGUGUCUAAAUUGCAUUUUAUUUGUCCUCACAAACAUUGACUGACACUGAAAAGAUGAUUUCUUGAAGUUUAGGUUGUCUAUUACCAUUCAAACUGAUACAUCAGUACAAAGUCAAAAUAAUAGGGUGUUAACUGACAAUAGUUCAUUCAGUUAUAAUGAGGACACAGUUCAAAAGGAAUCUGGGAAGGAAAACAUAAACUAAUUGAGAAAGUGCAAUGAUUUUAGACAAUGUGAGCCCCCCUUCAUGUUUGUUUUAGAUUCAUACAGCAAGGAUAAGAAAUGACAGAGACCUCAUGUUGAUGUUACUAAGAUUUAGACGUGAGAGAAAAACAAUGAGAGGCUAAAAUGAUGUCAGUAACAUAUCAUGUCUCUGUGUACACUACUUUUAAAAUCAGUUUGAUGACAACUGAUCUGAGAGAGAGCCCCCCCCCCCCCCCUUUGCCAAUAAUAAUGCCUCCACCAGUCCUCCUCCUCCAUCCUCCUUACAUGGAACCUCAGCACACCUGUUCCUGUCCAAUCCAGACACAGUGAUACACAUUGCUCCUCCCACUGCAGCUGAUGGCGUUACCAUGGGUUACAGGGUGGUGGCCGGCUCAGUCUCCAUUCUUCUGGUGAGGAGACUCUCCUCAUCCUCAUCUCAGGAUUCACUGCAGCAGAUUUUGCUCCCAGAUAAAGACACAGUGUAGAGAAAUAGGAGGAAGAAAUUUGAAACUGUGACAGUUUAUCAAUAUUUAGUCAAAACUCAGAGUAUCAAAGGGAUCACGUGCCAGAUUUGCUUCUCUGGAGUCAAAUACAGGCAGCUGUUGUGUGUUUAAAUGUGUAACAUCAGCUGGAUUCAUGUUUUAUUUAUUGUGUGUGUACGACUGAUCAAACAGCUAACACAGGCGGCAGACACACAAAGCCAGAAAAAUACCAAAAUAGGUUUGGUAAUUCAUAUUUAUCUAGAUAACAAACUUUGGGGCAUACAAUGUCUGACACGUUGUUGUUGUCAGGCAUGUUUGUUUGUUACUCUUGUCUCAUGUCCCAUUUGUUUACCUCACUCAAUGCAAUCUUUUCUCUUUAUGUCUGUAGUUCACACUUUAAAUGCAAACAUAUUCAUGGACAGAAACUAGAAAUAGUACUUGAAAUUUAGAUUUUAAAAUUAGCCAGUUAGGUGAUGUAAAUAUUUGUUUGGUUGCAGAGGUAACUAGAACACUUUGACGGCGUGUAAGGACUCCUUUGACAGUAGAUGUAUCAGAAAGAAGGCAGCUCACCUCAUUUUAUUCUCUCCCACUGUAUCACAUCGAUUGAAGUGAAUGAUAGUAAGACUAAAAGUAACCGUGUGCUCUAACAUACGCCAGUAGUUCGGCGGCAUGUGUCAUGGUAGACUGAUGUGCCCCUUAGUUGUAAACCACCAGUAUGUCACACAACUUCUAGUUUCCUGUGCUGCUCAAUAUGGGAAGACCAUAACCAUUAUCAAACUGACAUGACAACCAUAAAACAUGGACAUGGUCUCUGAGACCUCACCCACUGGUUACCAAGGCAGAGUUUAUAAACCUAUCAGUGUUGGACACAUAUUGGAAAGCUAACCCAACCUAACUUUGGUCAACCACAGGACAUCUUUGCUGUUUAAAAAAUAAGUUUCUGUAGCAUUAUGGUGUACAAAAUUUAGCGGCAUUCAGCAGAACAUACCUAUUUGUUUAUAUUAGUGUACAAAUAGUUAUAAAAUCAUGCAUCUUUAACCAAGAAUUAGACGAUUACACUCAUAAGGUGUAACAGCGGCUUCUUGUUAAUGACAGCGGUGAGCGAGGAGUGUUUCAGUGUAGAAUCUGACUGCCAGGUGAAUAUUCCCAUUUCUACACAUUAUAUCUUAAGGCAUCCACACUCAGUGAUUUUGACAUAUUCACAUGAUCUCGGGGGUACUACAGUUUUCACACUUAUCAGUUCACCAGCAUUGGACCUUCACAAAAGUUGACAGAAACUUCAGGAGACAGUAGUGAACAUGAAAUACAGGAGAAGAAAGAUCUACAGCAGCACUUGCUGCUCUGUGCAGGAGACUCUUUGAAAGCCUCAGCUGCAGUUCAAAGCUAAUUUCAUGAAACUUGAACUCUGUGAACUUGCAAAUGUUUACUGUUUAGACAGUAGUGUGUGCCAUGUUCAAGAUUUUUGGUAAAUUGUGUUAGCAUGCCAACAUUGUCUGAUUAGCAUACAGCUGAAGCUAAGAGGAAUGUCAUCAGUUUGAAGAAGAAGAAGAAAAGGAAGAACUUUAUCGAUCCCCAAAGGAAAAUUCAGUGUCUGGUAUAAAAAUUUGGUAUAGAUUAAAAAAAAACUCAAUUAAACAAGGCAAGUGAGGAUUAUCAUGAUAAAAGAGAGCUAAAUAAUAAUAAUGCUGCUGCAGAAAAUCUCAACUAUCUCUCAAAACAGCUAAAUUUGGAUUAUCCACCGUGCAAAAUUGGCAGCUGCGUAGCGGCCUGAGACAACAGGCGAUCCCCCAAACUCCCAAAACUGGAAUUACAUUCUGAAUGAACUUCAACUUACCCAGGCUGCUGCUCCCAUGUGGGUAAGUAACCGUGUUUAAGGGGAGGCUGGGCCAAGAUAAAAGAUUGAAAGUUGGAGAGGAUUCAUGAGGGGCCUGGGACAGGGCCGCUUGAUGGGCUAUAAUGUGGCCAUGUGCAGGGAGGAAGAUGAGAGAGAGAGGUAAAGACUGGUAGAUAUAGUUUUUCACUUCGCGUCAAUCUUGACAUGUCUUACAUUUUGGCUUGAGCAGUUACCUUGUUACAAAUAUCGGCAAAUUCAAAUUUCAGUUGAUUUGAGUGUUAGAUCUGCUUUCUUUUGAUAACCCAGGAUAUUCUCAACAGACUUUAAUCAGACAGACUCACUGCAGGGAGAAUAAAAUUCAUCUAAUCUCCAGAAAAGCUCUAGACCGGUCCAUUUUCUGUGGGAGUGGCACAUUAGAGUCCUCUCAUUCUGCUGAUCUCACUUCUUGUCCUACAUCUGUUCCUGGAUGCCAAGACCGUGCCCUUCCUGAAACAAGACCAGAGCCCCCCCCCCUCCUCCAUGCAACUGUUUACCGGGCACGAUGCCAACUCUCCUCUCCCAUUAUCCCCCCCUCAUCCCUUCCAUCUCUGCCCUCAGCAGGGGGGCGUUUGUUUUGCUUUGUGGGACAGAUUAGCUAGAGGGGGGGGGGGGGGGGGGGUGCGGUGUCUGGGCCUCAAGGCGUGGCGUCACCUCUGACAUUUUUACCUCUGACAUUCAGACAUCAGACUUUGUAACCCUCGCCUGCAGAGAUGACCACCCACACAUUCUCACACACACCAAUCAUACACACACACACACACACACAUCAGCCCUCUGGGAGAGGAAACACAAGCAGCAAAGCCAUUUACUGCCCACCACCGUUGUUAUGGAAACUAGGCCGACAUGGACUCAGUGUUAAAAUGUUUUCCAUGGCCACUCAUUUAGGAAGGUUUAGUCUGGUAAAAUGUGAGGCAGGAAUUAACAACGUGUGUUAAAGUGAGCUGCUCCAUCCCUCUAUUGAUCAGCAUGCAGCACUGAUGUAUUUAUACCUUACAGCCAGCUGUUCUCUGUCGGCUCUGAGCACAGGAAGUGGAAAAAGUGGAGAGUAAAACAUGCUAUACUUAGACACAGAUAGCUUUUAAUAAAAUCUUACUGCCGCUGACAAUGGUAAACCACAAAUUCACAUCUUUUUGCAACUCUACUUGACAAGUUCUUGCGUUACUUUAACUGUGUUACUUCAAGAAGAUUAUUCCAAUGCUGCAAUGUGACAAAUCCAAGGGGAUAAGAUUGGACUUAAAACAUGGAAACUAUACGCUAUGGACUGAACUUCUGUAAUAUCUGGUUUAAUUUUGACACUUUUUAAAAAACUCUAGACCAAAAACAAAAAUGGGGCAGCGAUAAAGUUAAAGAUACUUGAAGAUUUUAUUAUUAAAUACACUCUGCUUAUUCUUGUGAUUGUUCCUUUAGCACUCCAACUCUGAAAAUUUAAGGAGGUUAAAAUAAUCGGGUGUUCUGGUUCCAAACUUAGCCAUUCGUUAGCUUUGGCAGAUUUACACAUUCAUGUCUUAUUACAUUUGACAUUCUGGCUAAACUUAUGUGUCUUCUGGAGUUUAAGUGUUUUUAGUAUUUCACACGACAAACAGUGAUAUGAAUCUUGAACUGGACCAGCUCAUUUGUCCCCGUGUAGGUCAGUCUCCUCAAACACCAGUUCCUUCAUUUCCUAUUAUGCAAGUUUUACAAAACUCUCACCUGUAUUGCAGUAAGUGUCUUUCAAUCUCCAUGGCCCAGUGUCUUGUCACAGACUUCACUAUUUUUUAAUCUCCAAUCUCUAAAGCUCCAACAUGACAUUUCAAUUAAACUGUCAAGGUUGGGUUUUUCUGUGUCAGUUAGCCCAUAAAUGAUGAUAAACGUCAAAUAGAGACUGUUAUAUACCCUGUUUUUAUGUAACUCUGUGACACCAUACCUUAUUGACAAGUGGUCACUGCCAUUUUUGAGUUUCGUUUUCUCCAGCCAUGAUAUUGAUUUGUUGAAGCUACACAUCAUUUGUUUAAGAACCAGCGGUUUUCAUAUCACACUUUACCGUAUGUGACUGCUGCAACAGCUCAUACAGUCAUCAAUAUCAAGUAAGAUCAUAUCCUACAAUAGAGCAAUAUGAUAGCUUCUAUUAUCUGACUGCAUGAAUUGUUUGUGUGGUACAAAGAUAUUCAUCUUCCACAAAAAGGUUGCACUUUUAUCUGAGUCUGAUCUACUUUGUUCUUGUUUCAAAUAGCAUUUGGUCUCCAAGAAUCCUUUGAGCAAAUCUCUCAUGAGUUUCUGUAACAUCCUCUGUGGGUAAAGCUCCACAUUUUGCAUCUUUGUUGACCUUGUUUUGCACAUGACAGAGCAAUGUUUUCUAAAAAACCCUGAAUUUUUAGCAAAUCAAACGAGUCAGUUAUUGUGAUUGUGUGAUGUUGAAAAUGUAAGGAGAGGCAGAAUCUUCAGCCUGCUAUCAAUUGUCUGGUCAAACAGAUACCACCUCACAGCAGCAGUUUCAGGCAUUAAAUACUACAAUACAGCUACAGUGUUUUGUUGAUGGUUCAGUUUGCUUUUGAAGGUCUUAAAGAGGCAAAGGUACCCAUUUUAAUGUGUUUUACAACCAGACAAAAACUCCUAACAGGGGUUCUGUAUCCUCCUUACAAACUUACUGCAGUCAAACGAUUGUUCAACUAGGGAAAAAAGGUUCUGGAUCAAAACUGAAAGUACAUUUAUUCACAUUUGUAGCUGUAGAAGUUAUUGAUAAAGUCAAGAUAAAUGAAUACAAAAACACUUAGAUAAGGGAUAUUAUUGAGGUAGACUUUAUUAUCCCAAAGCCAUGACUUGAUUUACAGGUGGCAGUGAAUAAAACUCCAAAAAGCACCAAGUCUCAUACGCACAAUGAGCGCUAAAAUACAUACUCAAGAAACAUGAUACAAUAAUAUGUUGUCAUUAUCAUAUAACCAAAUUUGUACCAACUGUUAACAUCUGACACAGUUAGAGAGUGCUUGAUAAAGUAAAAUAAGAAGAGUAUCCUGUCUAACUCAUAAGAUCAUUGGUGUGUAAAAAGAAACUUCAUCUCAUGAUUGAAGUUCCCAUGGUCAGGUCUGGUCUGAUGUGCAUGUGUGUGAAAUGAAAGCUGAGUCAAACAGCUGAGACUGUUCAAAUAUUUACAGUAUGUAAGUGUGUGAGCAGGGUGUGGUGCUGAAGGGACAGCGCCCCUCAUUGUUGGACUGGGUGUGACUCUUAAGGAGCUCUCCAGGGUGCUGAUCCUCUCUUGACCUCCAACUUUGAUCAGACACGCCCCCUCAUAGCCCACAGCUGUAUGACAUCCUCCUAUUUUUAAAUUACACAACUUACAGACUCACAGGCGGGCUGCUCACUUCUACCCUGAUGCACGGGCUGUAGUUUUGCAGAAGGCAGGAGCGAUCAUUUCCGGAUCGAUCACACGCUUGUGCCACCUCCAGUCUGUCCCUGCGCAGGUUCACACAGGUAAUCCCUCAUCGGGAGACAUCCUCCUUCUGUUGUAGCUUAUUGGAUCUUUUUUUGUGACAAAGCUCCUCUGUGGGUCUCCUCCUUAUAUGCUGACUUUGAACUCAGGAUUGGCUGCAGGCUAGAGGCUUAUGUUGACUCAUGAGUAAGCAAAUCAAAACUGUUUGCAGAUCUGUAGGAGGACCAUAACAGCGGAUUUUCUCAUAGCUGGUAUCAUUACGCAGAUUUACGACGCAUUUCAUCAAUAGUGGGAGUAUUUUCAUGCACCAUUAGCCUUACAGAUUUUUUUUUUUUUGCGCUUUUGUCACAGAGCGACCACCUGCGCGUAAAACCAAAAAAGAAAAAGGCGGUGGCUGUCCAGGAGCAAAAAAAUAAAUAAAUAAAAGAAGCGGAGUCUGAGCAUCUGUGCGUCUACUCCCCGGAGAAACCUCAGCCUCUCCCCCCCAAAAGCCUCCAGCCAGGCAUGUCGACUGCCGGGGAAGUACCAGCCUUUUUCAGGAACAUGGGCUCUGACAGCCCCGCCAGGCCGAGGCAGCAGUUCUGUGGCAUGUUCUGCCCGGUGGAAGGCUCCUCGGACAGCAAGACGCUGGACUUUGAUGCGCUCUCGGCUUGCAGGGGGAAGAGUGACAGCCGAGUCAUUGACCGGCAGACCGAUAUCUCCCAACCCAAGAAGGUGGAGAUCCGAGUCAGCACGGGGAAAGAAGCCCUGCAGAAUCUGGACGAUAAGAAGGUAAUCCUCCACUAUAUUCAGCAUGCUCAUUUGCUCAUUUUUACAUCUUAUCUCAUAUUUUGAAUCCCUGUCUUAUGACUCUAGUUUCUGUCAUGAGGCAUAUAGAUUUCUGCACAAACCUGCGCCAUUUUUGAUUCAAAAUAUUGUAAUUACAACCUCUGCCACCCACUCGCCUGAGUUUAUUUUGCAAACGUACACGAGACCAGACAACUUCCCCUGACUACAUUUCCCAGAAAGCUCAGUGAUGUAACAGAGUUGAUAGAGGGCCCACUAUGCAGAGCUGCCAGAGGGAGUGGCUCCUGUUAGCUGGUUUGAUUUGAUCACCUCUUCUUGCUCAACACAGUACAGUUUACAUCCAUUGCUAAAGAGUCCCUGCAGUGCUAUGCAAGGUCUGAAAAAAAGGGGGAGAAAAUCAAUAAAAAAGCUUAUUUUGGCAAAGAAGAGGCCCACAUAUGCAUGCGCGUGGCUGCAGCAUCAUAGUUCUCAUGCAUCUCGACUCUAACAGCAGAUUUCAGGGUGUGGACCUGUGUGACAGCAGCUCUGACUUGCAUGACUUGCAAGAAAAUCUCUUGGAGUGAACUUUUCUACUGCUGGUUUGAACUCCUGCCCAUCUGGUUUUUACAGCCGGUGCAUGGUAAACUGUGGCAUCAUCAGCACCAGUGCUUCCUUUACUUAAUAUUUAAGCACUCAGGAUAAAAGCACCAUGUAUAUUGAUCCAUAGUAUCAGGUUACAUUAUUGAUCUGAAACAUUAGCCACCAACCCACCCUUCACUCUCUCUGUCUCUUAUAUCUCUUGGAUUUUACUCCACCCUUCUUUACAGACAUAUUUGACAUGAUUUAAGAAGAGAUGCAGUUACAUGAUGGGAUGUUUUAAAGCUAGUUUACUUCUUAGCCAAGGCUUUAAAGAGUGAUGUAAGAGGACUGCAGUGGUGAGGAGUCGUUGUAUUCAAGCACCACUGUGCUGAGUUGAGUAUUUCCAUGAUGUUUUCUGUCCCAUGAAACUAUUUCAGCAAAUUUCAGAGGCAAAUAUCAUACUUUGGUUGCUCCAUUACUUGUAUUUGGUCAUCUAGUGACUUUUCAGAUUGUCUAAUACACAAGUAAGUAUUGUCAGUGGUUAUAGUAGACAUGGUGUAUCCAUUAGGGUUGAUUUGUCUUUAAACAUAAAUGCAUCAGCAGUUAAAACUCAGAGAUGAUUCUGUCAUGGUCUGCUUUAAAUAAUUGGUGCUUUCACUUGUAGUACUUUGAGUGUAUUCUACUCUAAGUACAAGAACAUUUUAGUAAAAUUCAUGUUUAUAACUUGUGUCAGAUUCAUCUCACACUCAAAUAUUUUUGAUUUAUCCAGAUAAACAUUAUUCUAGCACCACUCACAGGCUACAAAGCUUCACCUGUCAGAAAAAGAAGUUGGGAAAUCAAGACAGACAGAAAAACUGGUAUUUUUGACACUUAACUCCACCGGAAGGCAUGAAAACAUGAAGACAUUUUUCUCUUUUCAAAACUCUUUUCAAUCCGACUUUAUAUGUAAGUAAGUCUUUUAAUAAACUUGAAUAAACUACCUCUUGCUUCUGUGAAACAUGCCAAGAAGAAAAAGUAGCUUUAAAGCUCCAGCAUGUUUCAAGUUUUCUUUCCCCUGGUUUACACCUCGCAUUGAAUCUAUGCUAUCCUGAAUGCACAUACUCUGCUGUACUCUACCUGUAGACUGAGAACCAGUGCAAUUUUGAAGCAACUCAUAUCACCAGUUUCUAAUUUCACUUCAUCUUCUGCCAGAAAACCAUGGCAGCUGAAUCUGAGUGUAUUGUGUUUGAGCUGGAGCUGAUUAAUGUUGAGCAGCAGUCGAUCAUACUGCAGUUUUUACAAGAAGAAAAGAGAUGAGAUGUUGGAAGAGAUGAAAUGCAUGGCUGCUGAAUCAGUGGAUCAUGAAUGGAGGAAAUAAGAUGCUUCUAAACCAACCAAUCACAGGACUUGAAGUUUGUUUUGUUUUGAGGAGGAGGACGUUUUUUUCAGAGAUGCACAGUAGGCUAUGCAUGAGGGCUCCUGUAUAGGUACAGUGUAGAUUUGUUGCAGAUGUAUGAAGUAAAUCAAGCUAAAGUAGUGAAUAAGGAAAAGAGUUCCACCGCACACAACAUGGUCAGAAUGUAAACUUAUUUAUUGGUUAAAAGAACAAUGCUUUUUUAGGAACCUUUUUUCCUGACACCACCAGCACCAACGUUAAGAUCUGUGCUGUGGAGGGCAAUCCUCCUUUUUGCAAGCCUAAGUAGUGUUUUUGGCCAGAAAAAGUCUCCUCCUGCUGCCCUUUAGCUGUCAAAUGUAUCACUCUGAGAAAGAAAAAAGGCUGUCUUUUCAGUCUAUUCUCCUGUCUGACACUGGCCUCCUUUGCAGUCAUUACAGGCAUAAAAAAACUGCAAAAGUCAGGUUGCUAAUGUUGUCAGUCAUGAUCACAUUUUCUUUUGUUGGUCAUGAAAGUCAUCUCCUCUCAUUUUGAUUUGUUUUAUAAUCAGUCAAAACUCUUCAGAGGAGCUUUAAACACUACAGUCCUUAGAUUUUAAUGGAAAUCAUAUUCGUUGAAUGGAAAAGAAAACUCUAUGACCUUCUUUAAUGUCCCACAUCAUCACCAAAAGUCUGUUGUUUGAUUCUGGUCCCAUCAUUAAAGUGUGUUGAGACUUUGGCAGAUCUGUGUGACUGAAAGGAAAAAGUUCAUUAAGGCUGGGGACUGAGCUGAACAUGGUCACACCCUGUUUGGUUCCUUAUGCUCAACUCUCUUAAAUGAAACUUAGUGAUCUGAGGAGCAAACAGGAGGAGUAAGAGGAGUUAAGAUGGCUGCUGACUGCUCCUCGUUUGUUCACUUGCUGCACUCUCUGCCUCCACUAAUCCAGAGAGAGCAAUUGAUGGCAUUAGUGGCUCUCUCCUGUCAAUGGAGCUGGGCGAGGCUCUGCGCAUGCUCCGUGGGGUUCUUUUAUGGGGAAGAGGCUCGCAAGUGGUCCCUCCCUCCCUCCCCUCUCUUGUCUGACUCCGUCUGGGAAGGAAAGCUUUUGGUGCAUCGGUGGAGACCGGGCGGCUGCCAGGACGAGAUCCGGAGCUGAGACCGAGAGUAAAUCGUCACGUUUGUAGCCUCCUAAAGAAUCAGCAGCGACAUUCCCGGCUUUUUCUUCCUCUUCUUCAUUGUCAUCAUCCUCGUUCUGACCCGGCAAGCGGCAGUAAUCCGCACAUCCCGUUACACAGAUUGCGGUUCCAGGGCGCAGCGUAAAACGACCCACCGGUGAAGAUGUCUGGCUAUCAGGGCAAGAAGAACAUCCCUCGCAUCACAGUGAGUGUUUGCAUGCUGUUUAUUGUUUAAGUAGCGGAGAUUGUGCCCACUUUGGUGCCCGGUGUCUGGUCGCGUGGGCCUGCGGGUGUGGGUGCAGGAUGUCACCGUGGCGGCAUGGUUUUAUGCGCCGCUGCGCUGCUCCACUUAUCUAAGCGCGUGAAAAGCUCGUGUUUUUUGCUUCUUUAGAUGCAUUUCUGGAGGAGCAACUCGCUUUUAUUUUGAAAUCUACUUCCUGGUGACCAAACCCACGUCAGGAUCGAUAAAUCACGGACGCUGCAGAAGCUAUAAAAUGUGAUUUUUGCAUCAUCUUUGCGUCAAGUGCUCCUCUCCGGGUAAAACGGUGCUAUCUGUGGACCUCAAACUGCUCCUUUCUGUUGCAGACUCGCUCUCCGUCCUCUCCGGUCUUUGUCUCGGGGUGUGGGUAUUACAGCUGAGAUUUCACGCCGGUGGUCUUUGUUCGGCGGUGUGUGUCUGGUGGCCGGGUAUCACCGCACAACGACAGCUGGGGCAAAUGCUCCCCUGCAUCCGCUCUAACGCUCACUUCCCGGCUGGAUUUCUUUUCUCACAGGCUCAUUUCACUUUCACAGAAAAACCAGGCCUCGAUUUAGAUUUAGUUUUACGAGGUAAAGACACGUUUAAGUGGACAGUUACUCAGUCAGUGGGACCAAGGGGCAGAUUAUUUCCCUGGAUUCGUAGCGAAGCUGCAGGGAUGGUGCUGGUGGUUGUAGUUCAAUGGAAAGUAGAGAAUAGGGAGGGGAAGGGAGGGGGCCAGGGGAAGGGAGGGGACAGUGGGUCCUAUUUCCUUCCAUGCUUCUCUCUCAGCUGUGUAAUGACGGGAGGAUGCGUGUAGUUACAGAGGCAGAGUGGAUCAGGAAGGAGGUCACUGUCUGAUUUAUUAUAUGAAACUUGAAGGUUGAAAUGUUUGAAAUGGACUCAAAUAAAGCCAGAUGGAAGUGAGUGUGCUGUUUAGAAAGUUAUGAGUGAAAGGACACAUGUCUAGAGAAAUGAUUUGAGGAUCAGGGCCUGGGUAGUCCCACUAUUGAGUGAAGUCCUUAAAAAUGCUGAAAAAGUCAAAUUCACAAGCAUGAAUCUAUUUUUGCUCUGCUUCAUCCUGCAUCAGAUGCAUGCCGUGCACCAACAGAUCAUCUUUGAAAGAAAACUAAGAUUGUCCAAAGACUCACAGAUUCUUUCAUUCUUCAAAGAUAUAUAUGAGUGUCUCUUUGCGUUGUACAUAACCGUGGGUGGCCGACAUUCUCAGAGGAGCCGGUGUCCACACCUCCCAUAUCUGAACAAUGUGUCCUGCAGUCAUUCACAUCAAACACUCUCACAAUUUUUUUUUAUGUAAAUGACUCAGAACAACACACAUGUGGGUUUGAUUGCAGGUGCAACAUGGAGGAUGUGUCAGCGCAGGACUGACUGAUUCAUGUGGAAAUUAUUUUAGAGAACUUUUGGUGACUUGUGAGUUCAUCUUUAGUAACAGUCAAUAUAUUUUUUAUACAUGAUUUUCUGUAAAGCCCUUUUUGCUACAUCUUAAUGUAUAAAAAGUGUUGUACAAAUUAAGUCUGAUUGAUUGAUUGAUUGAUUGAUUGAUUGAUUGAUUAAUUGAUUGAUUGAUUGGGACUUUUAAUUUGAAAAUAGUGAACAAAUUGGUGACAUUUCAGGUCUAAAUCCAGUUGUAUAUUAAUGAAUAGAAUAAUGUGUGCCAAACUGAUACAGUAGACAUGAUAAAUGCAUCCUUCUGAGAGCAGACAUGAAACAAAAACUGAACUGAGAUUUAUCUGAUGAUGUUUCUGCUGCUUGGCAAGAGAAGAAAAAAAAAGAAGCAGAAAGAGAAAAGUCCCAUCUCUCAGCUUCAAAAGCUUUUAUCCAAAUCUCUGGUGCAUUUUUGGAUGAUUUCAUAGCUGCUGUGUUUUGGACUGUGGUGGCGAUAUGAUUGGUGUCUGGUGAAAACAGGAAUCCUCUCAGGUGAAUCACUGUCCUUUCAGCUCUCUGGAGAGUGCAGGAGUGAUCAGAGGAUUAGGAGGAGGGUUGGAGUCGCUGCAGUGAUUAGGUUAAGACCUAAACAGACGAUUUUCAGACAUGGACUAAAAGGGGUCGCAGACUUUUCCUUUUUUCAGGGUAAGACCCACUCAAUAGGGGACUUUCUCAUCUAUGCUGUAGAUUUCAUCCUAGUCCUACUUUCUCACUUUAGAGUCUUUAGUGUGAAAAGUACAAAAGCUUAUUAAGCCAAACGGAGGCUGGAGAGGAAAUGAGGUUAAAUCGAAUCAAAUCUGAGCUGGAAAAGCAGCAGCGGCGACAAAGAAAGUCUCUGUGUUCUCAUCCUUUCUGAUUAAGCAAUCAAAUCAAGAGUUGUGAUCGUAAAGGCUUCAUCCAUCCGUCUUCAUGAAGAUGGGUGGGGUUCUGGUGAGGCAGAGUGGUUUGUCGGGGCCAGAUGGAGUCAGGUCAGCUGCACAGGCAGGAAGGACUCAUGGCAGCUCUUAUCAAAUAUGAAUGAACUUACACAAGUUCGCCAUCUGGUUUAAAGCUUCUGUGACUCAUCACUUUGUUAAAAACAUUUCUGACACACACACACACACAAAAAACACAGUGACACCAGUGCAGAAACAGUAGGUGUGCCGCAAGAAGCUAAUAUUAAGUCCAGUUGGGCUGAAACACAUUAUUAGUGCUCCAAAUUUUUUUGAAUUGCAAAAGAAAGAAGAAUGAAAGUUUAAAAAGAGGAAGGGACAAAAACAGCACUGAUUCCAAAAUCUAUGUCAUAGUUUUGUCAGAGAUAUUUUAUAGCUAGAAAAGAUGGUAGUUGAGACUUGAAGCUUUUGAUGAUAAUUUUUCUCAGACUUAUUUUAACAUCUGCACCACUGGAAACCGUUAAAGGUAUUGUGUAUAUCUAGAUAUAUGUGGAUUAAAAUGGUCCCCUUCUCAAUCUCUCUUGGGUUUGUUACCAGUUUGUUCUGGGCGACUGUAGAAACAUGGCGGUGCACACUAGCAGCUUCUAGCAGCAGGAGACCUGCUCAUUAUGUUGAUAUAAAAUGCUUGUUUUAAGGCAACAAAAAUGUAUCUAUUUUUAUAUUCAGUUUGUGCACCAACCCAUAUUUAUACAUCAAUUUGAUCAAACUUAUAAACAUUUAACCAUAUCUGCUAUAAAACUCUCAAGUUGCAGCUCUAAAUGAGAUUAAAGGCCCUAUAAGGAGUUUUAACCUGGUUGAGAAACAGACUGACUCUGGUACUGACGUCUCUUUAUGACCUUCAAAAGUGAGUCUUUUUUGUCUAAUAGUCUCCUGUUAAAAUUUCUAUCGCCUAAAACCGCUGUAAGUGGGCGGGUUUCAGACCAGAUGACGGACAGUCUUUAUCCAUCUUAAUCCAUCUUUAUCAGCGGCGAAUACUCACUUGAAUAACAACAGGAUCAGGUUUUUGUCUGAUGAGUGUUUUCACAUGUGAUAGAUGAAGGAGAAGAGAUCAGUUCAGACUCUGAUCUUCAGUUUCUUUGGAGAACACUGAUUGAUAUUAUUGGGUCAAUAUUAUAAAUAAAUUCUUGUUCAAAGAAAAGUAAAAAGCAAGAACCUUUGAAGUCUGUAUUACGUGAAGGUAAAAAUAGAUUGUGGCUAUAUUAGGACUGUCCUGGAUUUAAGACUCUGUGACUACAAUCCCCAGAGGAUGAGGGAUCAGUAGGCGCUGUGCUAGUAAACCAGUAGUACAGUAGUUUUUCCCCGGGGCCGCUCAGUGUGUUUACACUCACAGUCACAGACUCCUCAGUGUGCUCCUGCUGCGCGUCUCUCUCUGCACAGCACCCUGGGGCGAUGUCUGUUCGCUCAUCAAACACAACCGUGCUGCUCUCCAAGUCACCCACCCAGCGGCCCUGCCUCAUUUUUUCACGCUCAAUAUCUUCCCAAAUUGCUCCGUUCAGAACAAAUAAUCCAUGUGUGCGCUUGUCCUUGAGUGUACAGUGAGUGAACUUUUUUAUCAAUCAGCUCUUGAACAAAGGAGGACAGUGUGGAGUAAAGUCUGUAACAGGACCGCCGUGCCUCCAGCUGCAGCAGCCGUAGAGUGAGGUCAAUGAGGGUUUAUUCAUCCUAAAAGAGAGAAUUGAAAUGCCAUUGGUGGCAUAAAUUUCCUUGAAAAAAGACAUUAGUGUAGAUUUGUAACAGAGCAUUCACAACUCAUUUUAUUCACAGAGAUGUACGGUCUCAUAAGCAGUGUAUGUUUUCUUCUUUUUCUCCCCUUUAACUCCAUUUUAAAUUAUUUCAAUUUCAAUUUUUAGGGCCCUAAGGGAAGUACAAGGUUAUUAAAAAGUGUAUUUUGGGCAUUACAUGAAUCAGAUCAAUCAGUGUGUUUGCUUUCAUUCCCUUUCAGAGUUAGGUGCUGCUAUGAUUAACUAGGUGGCUUUGGUCCUUUAUACUUAAAUACAUUGGAUUCAAAUUGGCUCAUUUAACUUCUGUGACUCUAAAACUGCAGAAAAUACUCACAGGUCAAUGUUUGAGUUAUCUUGAUCCAUGCAUUAAUGUUUCAUCUACUGGUGUCAUGUGCAAAAAGGAAUCUGUUUAGUCUCUAGUGAUAUCUGCAGGUGUGUUGGUCAAUACCACUUAGCAGUGAUGUUAAAGAAGCAGCCCUUACUUGUGUGUGAGCUUGUCUGUUCAUAUUUGAAACCCAGAGUUGAUCUCAGUUUGGGUUUUUGGCUUUUGUUGGCUGAGGUGAGGCAGGUGUGUAAAGAAAUAGCUCUUGUUUUCUGGCAUCCUGAGAUCAGCACCUCACACACCUGAUUUCAUAAUCAAAACGCAGGCUCUAAUGUAGCAAGUUCAUCUGCUCUUCACACAGUGUGGGCAGUGGGUGGAAAAAUAUGACUUCAUGGGGUGGUGCAAAGCAUAUGAUGUGCAGUGCAGGAGCUGGGCCUGUAAUGUUUUAUUAUGGUGCAGGCUGUCCAUGACAAAUCAUGGCGCCGGAGCAGGCAUUUUUGGUCAACCUUUGGCUACUGUAGAUUCUCCAAAAGGCAUGAAAUAAGAGACUGAAUCUUUAUUUUCAAUCUGUAACCUCAAAGCACACACCGUCUUUCGAGCUCCUGUGAGGAAUUGCAAGUUUGUGUUGAUUUUGGCACCCCCUAGUGGAUGAAGUACUUUGUCUAUUUUCUGCAUUGGACCUGUACAUGUGUAAGAAGUGACAAACAAAUCUGCUGCCCUCCUUUAACAAUCAAACAUAUCCUUCACUGUGAGUAUUUCCCAUUGAAAAACAGUAAAAAGCUGUUUUUUUUCUUUUUUUGAGCAUGCUGCCAAUCAUGUGGUCUGACACCAACCACUUCACAGCAUUAAAAAUUACAAUAAAAGAACAGUCAGUGUUGCUCCAGGUUUGCUUUUGUCAGUUAUUUGGAGGUAUCAUUACUUAAGUCUACUUCGUAAUCAGCUCAACGCUCCUCUCAGAAGCUUUACGCAUGAACUUUUUAUUUGCAGAGAAAAAAGUCUUGCAGCCAGAGAGGAUUCAGGGAAACUUUUCAAUAUGUAAAAGGAUAUCUAAGAAAAAAUGACCUGAAUUAAAGAGAGUACUAUUCAGUCAAAAACAGUUAAAGUGUACAUGGGAAAACUUACACCAUGGGGAUUUUUAGUUAGUUGAAUAGCAAAUUCACAACUAGGUAUACGACAAAGCAGAGCCUUUUCUCUUUCCACCGUCUGCUCAAAACACACACACAGCAAAGAUUUCCAAUCCAUUCAAAGUUAAAAUUGAAAGAUUUUCCAAGCCAAGGUUUCAAACUUUAUUUUUACAUCCCGGGGGGAGAAGUUUUAUUCCUCCAUUUGUCAGUCAGCAGGUGUUCUGUUUUAAUAGUGAAAAAUUGUGAACAUGGUGUUACAGGUGCCAGCUGAACAUGAACAUAAGUGAUUUUUGGUUGAAGUCUGUUUUUUUAAUAACCAUAGACACACAUAAAUCACAGAGUGAAUGUCUGACCUGGCAGUAUUCUCCACCUGACUUCAUGAAUUUUCCCAGGAUAUUUUCCAUUUUGACAACAACAACAUGACGUUGCCGGGUUACAUCUCAAGUUUUCAUUGCGCCCACUCAAAGUUUGUCCCGAUGUCUGUUUUUUCAAUCACAGGGCGUCUCUUUCCCCUGGUAAGAGUUAAAGUUUUCACCUUUGAGCUGCUGCAGCUUCAUGUUUAAAUAAUGUCAAACGAGCUGGUGCAGUCAUGUGAUAUGUAGAAGAUCGAUCUGUACCAGAGAAACAAUCAAUAUUCCCACACCCUGUCAUCGUGAUUUCUCUUUCCAAACUCAGCAGGCUUCGGCACUAGAAUAAAUUUACUCUGUAAACAUGAUAAUUGAAAGCUGCGACGGUCAAUAUUGUUAAAUUCACCAAAUUCCAUCUGAUUACACAUGAACCGAAAGGGGGGAUGCUGAAAACGAUGGCCUUGUGGAGGCCGUCGUUUUAUCUUCACUUGUUGUUUCUCUCUGUUUAAAAAGGAAGUUUUUUACAUGUUUGUAGUUUUUCUGCUCACUUUAGUGGAUUUUUCUUCUCUUAGUGUAUCUCAGCACAGUGGAUGAUCCCUCAGCACUGAAUGAUGGGCAGCAAGUACAUAUGUGACCAGAUGAUGAAGAACACAGAGCAUAGCAGUGGGAGUUUAUGCAUUUUUCUAGAAGUAGUUCAUAGUAAAAGGCGCAUAAAAAGUGGCCUCACAUUUGGUUUUAUUCAUCAGGUCACCUAACACUUAAAAUGUAUGCUGUAACCUCAAAUGUAAACACUGAAAGGGUUUAAAGACCAAAUAACUUUAUCGGUAGAUAGAGACAACAUACUGACUUUAUCAAAGGAAAAAUGUCCAAGUCAAAGUCUGUGUAUCAUAGAUAUAAAUUAUAAGGCCUUAGAUAUAGUCCAUGUCUUCUGCAUAUGUCAUUACGCAAGUGUUAGCCGUUCUAUUCACCAUAUACAGUAUAUACCCUAUAGGUCACUUUUGAAUGUAAUCACCUGUAACAUCAAUCUGAAUUUCAAAAAACCAGCAGAUGUUUGCCAAAGUUUGUUCCAAUUUUCCUCUGACGAGCUACUGUUUUUUUUGCGACAGAUGAUAAUUGCUAAAAAUAUGCACAAUCAAGAGCAAACUAUCUUAAUGCAGUUCAAGGCACAUACAGUUAAUCUGUGGCUAUCUUGUUAUCAAGUGGUACCAUUGUUGACAGGACUCCAGUUAUGUUUAUGUUUAUCUGAAUCUGUCCAUCCAUUAUGGCGUAUUGUUAAAUCCCAAGUUCUUAACUCACCAUCACCAUACUUGACUCCCCCUGUCACUCAAGGCCAAGCCACACCCCCAACAUCAUAAAAGCCCGCCCUCAGGCCUUGACUUCCUUUUGCACCCUGACCAAAGAUCAGCAGAGAACAAAGGGAGUCUGAAUGUGAGUUGAAAAUGGACAAAGCUUUACUAAAUUUUGUUGGAUUCUCCUGAUUGUAUUAUUUCUAAUAUGGUUUAUUGUCAAAUAUUAUUUCAUUAGGUUACUGUCAAACUAAACCCAAAUUUAGUGAUGAUUUAAAGCCCUGAAGUGGAUGCAUAUGUGACGUAAGCUAAGUUAACAAAUUUACAAAUUCAUUUGACUUUAUAAGUCCCCCUUUAUUAAAAUAGUUUAUGUCGAUACAUCUUGUUUCUAUUUCUUUCUUCGUCUGGACAGAAAAAAUCAUCCACAGAAGACAAAAGAAAACAAACCUUCUAAACUGAAUCCUGGAUCCUGUGUUUAAAUGUUCACUCAAUGUAAGAUGUUCAAUGAGCCAGCAUCAGCUUCAACAUAAUCAUCUUUAUUUCGUCGUUAAACCAUCAACCAGAUCCCCAAGGACUCAUUCCACCUCUACUUUGUAAUAAUACAGACUGUCCUCCAUAAUGUUAUUGUUACCUCCUCUCCAGGUUGAGCAAAAUCAGUCAUUUUAUACUCAAAGAAAGGAGCACAGAGAGCUAAAGAAAGUUAUAACCUUCAAUAAACUCGUGCAUGUGUCUUCAAUACUUGAAUUCUUUGACUCGACAUUAUCAGUGUUACAUUUUACUGGUGUGACAUUUACAUUAGCACAGUCAGCUAUUCUAGCCCGAGCAGUUUAACAACACUGAGCCCUCUGAGAUUUGUCCACAUCCUGUUUCAGAGGCCAGAGAGAGUCCCAUGAAGGAAAGGUCACUGUCAUGUUUGGCUGUGAUCCCAAACAACCAGGCACUCUCUCCAAACUCUGCAAACUCCAAAACAAUUAGAUGAUUAUACUACAGCAUGAGGCGAGUCGGGGGAAGUAAUCGCUCUGCUAAUUUUCCACAGCUGACUCUUAGGGACCUCGAAAUUCUGUAGCAGUGAAGACAAAACAAUGUCUUAAGCAUCAUCUCCAACAGUAACUCUGAAUGCAGCUUUUCUUCAAAUGAUCAAAAAUGAAUGAGUGUCUCUGCGAAGGCAAUUUAGCCUCCUAGUCUUGGCUCACACAGGUUUUAGUGUGUGUAUAAAGUGUUGACUUAUGAACUGGAGUCUCUUGGUGGACUGCAGAUAGUAAUGCGAUAAUGGCAGUAAUGAUGAGGCACAUGAUGUAACAACAUAUUUCACAGCAGUUGUUGGGUUGAGAUUGGGCCAGCGAUGGGCUGGACUGCGGCCAGCGGCUCCCAGAGCAGUCUGCUGCACACAGAUCGAAGAUUACCACAUCGUCUAUUUCUAUUAGAUCCAUCAGUGCUGUCAGAGCGCUGCCACACCUUCAGAGGACAACUGCAAUGCAUUUCCCAGAUCUGCUGCAGUCAGCUGAAGUCCUCAAGUCAAUGUGUGUGCAUGUUCGUGUGUGCGAGUGUGUUUAUGUGUAUUUUCCUCCCCUCAUUGAAAAACCGCAAGUGCAUGUUUUGAAUUUUAGAGCUCUUUCCCUCCAAAAGCAGAGAGGAUGUGACUCUGAAACAUCAUCCGUGUGUUUGUCUGGUUGCUGCACAGCUGCAGGAAAAACAAAAAGAUGAGAUCAGGUGCACUUUGUUGCAGCACCACACACACAAAGUCCUACAAAAGAACAAUACAAAAAUAAAAUAAGAGCCAAAACUGGAAUAAACAUUUAAACUUUUAAUCGUCUGACUCAAUGUUAGGGAUGGGGAUCGAUAACCAGGUCCAUUAAAUACCCAAUUUAUCACUUGUCAUAACCUGAAAACCAAGAACAUUUAAGCUUAUUGAAUUUGCUUGGUGUCUUGAGGGUCCCUUUGAGUAAAGUCACAUCAUAUUAAUUGAAUCAAUGGUUCACAACCAUUAAUAAACUGUAUGAAAGUGUUCUUGUGUUUGUUUGCAAGAGGCAAACAAGUGGAGUGAAGGGGACCUUUAGCCAGCUACAGUCUUCCUGCCAUAGACUGUAUAAAGAAUGGACGCUGUCCUCCUCCUCGCUGGGUGAAGCCACUCCCAUAACAGCACCCUCUGUUGACGGGCUGCAGUAUAGGUCAUCAAUCCUGCCUCCACCAGCAAAGCUUAUGGGGCUGUGGACAAACUUUAAAAAUUUAUUACAAAGAAUAUACAUUUUUCUCCACCCUGCUUGCGAUGUUGACAUGUAGUUAUUGUAAGACUGGUUUGUGUUCAAGUCCUCUUUUUUCUGUACAGCUCCAUUUUUAAAAGUUAUUAGGGGAUUCAUGUUUUCUAUGAUUGACACUUGAUACAGCCUAUGACCGUACGAAGAUUGCGUAGUUCACCCGGGGAAAACGCUGUUUGAGCAGAGUGUCAUCACAGCGGCUCUCCCACCGAAUGCAUACAACGCUACUGCGCAAUGUUGGUUUCAGAAAAUAAAGAAAAAAACGUAGAAUUGCCAAGAGCUUUUUGGCUUCAAAUCUGUAUACUGGUGAAAGGCGAAACCAAGUUGUCCAUAGUAUAUACACAGUCUAUGGUCACCGCUUGGCCUUCUGGGCUUUUAGAGCCAGCCUCAAGUGGACGCUUGAGGAACUUAAGUUUUUAACGUUUUCACAUUGACUUCAUUUCUCAAGACCGAAGGUUACUACUUGUUCCUUACGCGUAUUAAGUGGAAAUAUAGCAUCUGCUCUAUCAAACCAAUCAGAUCUUCUCUGACCACAUGUUGAUAUCUUCAGAUUGUUUAAAUUCUGACCAACAGAUUCAAACUCAAACAUAAAAAUCUGACCAAAAUGUACAGAAAUUAUAUCUCAUACAUGUUUAAAGUGUUCAAAUGUCUGCAGAACUGUGUGUAUGUUUUUAUUGGCAGUAGUGUUUGCGUGAUGCAGCUAACAUUGUAGUCCACUUAUCUUCAUUUUGCAUCUGGGUCUGAUUGCCCUGACUAGGAGGAGUCCUGAGGGGAAAUGGAUAAAAACAAGAAAUAUGAGAAAAGUGGGACUUGUGUAGUUCAGACAAGGGCAGGGUUCUGGCUGGGAGCGUUUGCAGAGCAGCAGUUGUGUUCAGGCCCAGAGCUGCUGGCCCGGCAGCAGCCAGCAGCAGCGGCUCAAACAGAGCAGCCUUUGUUAGCCGGGGAUGCUGGAGUCCUUGUGACCAGAACUGCCACUCCCUUUUUGGACAGAGAGCCCAAGCCGCUGGGGUGAGAGACAGGGGGUGAGGGCCUCAGGGUGGGAGACUGUGGAGGUGGCAGAUACCCCCCUCCUCUCUGUUUCACAGAGACAAGUGUCCCUGCUGGAGGCGUGGAUGAUUGAUUACACUGCCUGGGCUCCUAUUGGCCCUUUCUGAUGUCGUUACCGUGACAGCACAAACACAUGAGGACAGAGGGGUGUGCCUGGAGGCGGCCUUCUGUUUUCAUUGUUGCAACUGUGAAUGUUUUUGGUUAGUGGUGGAAUCAGGCAGCAGAAGGAGGAGGAGGAGGAGGAGAGAUGGAUGUUUAGAUGCUGUUUCUGCUGUGAAUUACAACAAGCUUUUUUGUUUGAUUCAAAGAUAAAUGGCAAAAUAAACAAAUGUUAAGCCAUUUAAAGGCCAAAAGUCUGUCUUCUUUCCUUUUUUAUUUAUAGUUUUAGAUUAUAGAGCGUUAAAAUUGGAAAACAGGAAAAACAAAAACGAGAUAAUCAGAACCAAAACAAGAGUAAAAAAACAGCUGAAGAGUAUCCAAGAAAGAAAAGGUGGGGCUGUCAGUAGAUGAGGAUACAUAACUACUGUAUUAGGAUUUUUGUCACAGAAGUAAUAUCUUAAGAACCAGCUAGAAUAAAAGGGUUUGUGGUGGAAAAAGACCCACGUCCAAAACCAGUCCCAGGGCUGGUGAUGCUAAUAAAUCAUAAAGUUAACAGUCUCAGGAAACCGACAACAGCUUGUAAGUUAAACUGGUUAACCAUUAAAGUUUAUAAAGUAAUGUGAUGCUUGUUUUUUCGCUCACCUUUCCUUCAUUUGACUGAUUUUACCCUGUUUUUUUUUUUUUUUCAAGAUUUUCUGAUAAUAUCACUAUUGUGAUAUUUAAUGGCCACAAUAACUUUGAUGGGAAAAUUUGAUAUUGUGACAGCCCUAGUUUGUCCACCAGCCACCAUGAAGGGGAUUUACCCCUGAAAUGAAUAAAUACAAAAUGAAAAAAAGGCUUUUUCUAAGCUAAUAAAGACAAAAUGAUUUUCAUUUCAGGUGAUUAAACAGUAUUUAAUCAUACUUACGAAUGUUAUACUUCAUUUCUACUAAGUCCAAAUGACAGACUGCACCUUUAACGAAUCUCUUAGAAUUACAUCAAAUUAUAUAAAUUUUGGUUAAUCUAUGAAUCAAGGUCAUUUUUGACAAUCUAAAAAUUUCCAAAUGACAUAAAAUCAAUUAAUUUAAAUGAUUUUUUGACUUAGCAAGGGUUGAAAUGAAAGUGUUUCCAUCUCAGAAAUAAGGUUUAGGUCUCCAUGUGCUCUUUUUGUUUUAUAUAAAAACGUAAUGUCCCUUUAUAGCCCUUGAUAAGGCGCAACCUCCCUGUGGGUGUGUUUGGAGAUGAAGAAAACCAGAAUGAGUUGAAAGACGUCACUCAGUUAUGCGUUUCUUAUCAGAGUGCAUCCUAAAACAGCUGCUGCAGUGUAAACUCAGAUAAACUGUUUUAUAAACUUUAUUUGUUGUUGCACAUGCCAAUCCACUCUUUUUAUGACUCUUCCCAAAAAGACUUUCAUCAAACUGACUUAAUUCUGCUUGUGAUAAAACCAAAUCAGAUACUCACCCAUCCUGAGCUUACUUUUACAGACAGGUCUCCACCUGCUCUGGUGUCUGCCGCCCACAUUUUAUCCUGAUGUAUGAUUUCAUGUGUUUAAAUGUGGUCAAAAUAAUAACUCCUCAUCCUCCUCCUCUUCUUUCCCAGAGUGACCGUCUCCUGAUCAAAGGCGGGAAGAUUGUGAACGAUGACCAGUCCUUCUGUGCUGACAUCUAUAUGGAGGAUGGAGUCAUCAAGUCAGUUUACUGCUUUUACUUCACCUCACCAUCAGUCUAGCCCUGUGUUAGCUGCAUUUAACUGCAUAUAUAUUAGCAUGCAUGGCCUUUGUAUUGGUCUAUCUUUUGUGGUUAAUUACACAUUAAAGAGAAAAAACAAAGUACAUCUGUUUGGACUAAGAUAGUUGUUGAAGUUAGAUUUGUAUUCAGUUAGAAACAGCUGUGAGCUUUAUAUCUCUCUAAAAGCCACCAGACUCUAGAGAGUUAUUUUGCACAACACCAGGCAGCUGGUCUGGUACUGCAUAAUGCAUCGGUCUUUAGCAAAGUAAGCAAUUAAUUACAAUUGUACACUGGAGCAGAAAAUGCUAAGUCAAAUGUAUAUACACACUUCCCUGGUGACCAGAAAAAGGCAUAAAACAAAGUUUUUGGACCUGUGUACAUUUUGCUAAUUCCAGAUUGCUGUUUUUUCAUGUCUUUCCUCUGUUGAUUUGUUUUAUUCUUUUUUUCAGACAAAUUGGGGAAAAUCUCAUCGUUCCUGGCGGGGUAAAAACCAUUGAUGCCCAUGGCCGCAUGUUGAUGCCAGGUGGCAUCGAUGUGCACACACGUUUCCAGAUGCCUGAUCGAGGAAUGAUAUCUGCGGAUGACUUCUACCAGGGCACCAAGGCGGCGCUGUCUGGAGGGACCACCAUGAUCAGUAAGUCAUCGGCAGAUACAGAUACAGUUCUCUGAUAUUGCAGUGUCUGUCCCUGCAGCUGAUGUUUACUCACUGAUUCAUUUUAAUCGAAAAUCUCUAAAUAUGAGCAGGCAGGGUGCCAGACUUCUUCAUAACCGAGCCAAAAUAUGAAACCAUCCAUCUGCUGUGAAGACUUAUGAGCCACAGUGUUCAGACUGAGCCAGAGAGUUGAUUAACUUCCCCUUUGAGCACACAGAUACUGCAGAAUUGACUUAGUUCUGUUAUUCAACACUGUGAAUAGGCUUCUCACUCUUCUGGUCCUUCUUUUAUGAUGUCUCAUAUACUCUAUAAGAUACUUUUGUUUUUGUUUUCUUCAUCCGCUUAUCUUUGCAAGCUUUGUUUAGGUCACCAUCCAAAAUCAGGUUUCCUAGCUUUGGCAACUCUCUUCCAAACACUGCAGUACCUAGACAACUCAUCUGGUUUUAAUAUCUCCCUCAUUCUCUGUGUAUCUUUCUCUCUCUUCAUAUACCUUUUGCUGUGUCAUUGUACUUUUCAUGCAGUAGUUAGUUUCAGGGUAUGAAAGAUCUCCAAGCUCUCAAUGCUCACCCUGAAAAUGUAAUUAGUUUACUUGAGAAGAGAGGAGACGUAGGAAGGUCGUAGAGGUAAGUGGCGCUCCUCUCUAAUGGUGGCCCUCCCUCUGCUGACUUGGCAGCUGAACUCUCCUCUCCCUUGCAGCAGAACAAACUCUCCCAGAAGACUCAUGUGUUGUUGUCACCUCCAGUAUAACGCUGACUGCUGCAGAGUCAGACACGUCUGGAACCUGAUGUAAUCUGUUGCAGGCUGGUGACUGGAAUGUUAUUGGACACAUUUUCACCAAAACAGGAAAGUGGCUAAGAAACCGUUUGAAAUGGGAUUGGAGAUCUCAGACGAAUGAAAUACUUCACAGAUGGAUGUGUGUAGACUCUGCUUUGCAAAUUCAGGUUCAAACUUGAUAUUUCGUUAUUGAUUGAGGUUUAAUGAGACGGAUCUGAGAGGGAAUCUGCCAGAAAUCACGUGUCAGAACACAAGGACACCUGUUACAAGAGAAAACAUUUAGAAAUACAAUCGAAAAAAAUAUUAAUUAAUAGGUUCAUUAGUUGAAACUGGCUCAAGAAUCCUCCUGUAAUCAUUUGCUUAUCAUGACCGGACAUCGCCAUGUGAGGAGGCAAAGGAUGCAAAUAUACAAAACCACUGUCUUCUUCUUUCUGUAGAAGAAGACUCCAAGUUUCUCAUCAUUCCUCCACAGUACAGGCCUCAGUUUGCCAAAACAGACACAGUGUGAUAGAGAUGUGUAAAAGUAGGAACGCAAACUGUGUCAGGCCUGUCUCCAAGAGGAGAAGAGGUCAACUGUAAAGUGGUUUUCUGUUGAAUGGCGGUGGAGUAAACAGUUCUGGUGUGUUUCAUGGAGUCUGGGAGUGUGACCUCUGCUUGGCUUUUACAACACAGCCACGAGCAGACAUGACUCCUGAGCUGAAAAUGUUUGAAGUAUAACAUUUUGUAAGCUGCACUUGCAUGAAGAUACCACAUAUCAACCAUCUUCAUAUUUCUCUGAUAGUUGCCAUGUCAUCAUGGUGGUCUGCAUUUACAUUUUCUUCAGGUUUUAGCAGCAGAUAAGUCAGCGUGCAUUUACAAAACAUCACCUUGUGUUUUGCAGAGUUAUGAUGGUCUUCAUUGUAUUUUCUGACGUGUGUGUUUUCAUGUUUUCAGUUGACCAUGUCAUCCCUGAGCCCGGUGUCAGCCUCAUCUCGUCCUUCGAGCAGUGGCGUGAAUGGGCCGACAGCAAGUCCUGCUGUGACUACUCUCUGCAUGUCGACAUCACUGAGUGGCACAAAGGCAUCCAGGAGGAGAUGGAGGCGCUGGUGAAAGAUCAUGGUGCGACCAACAAAAAAAUAACAAUAAUAAUCAUUUAAAAUGUUUCAGUCAUCUCUGCCCCCUGAUAUCUUUUAACACUCUCCCCCUCUUGUAUUUGCAGGUGUAAACUCUUUCCUGGUCUACCUGGCAUAUAAGGAUGUUUUCCAGCUCACUGACGCUCAGGUUUGAGUUCUUCUCUUGUUUCUUAUUCUUUCAGUUUUAAGAAAUAAUAAAGGUGACCAAACGAAAAAAAAAGACGAAAAUCUCACAUGAGUCAGACAAAAAGGAAAAGUGAGGUUUCUCUGGUAUUGAGAUGAAAUCCAAAGAAUUAAAAUGUCUUAAGACAGGAUUUAGAAACAGGUAGUGUGGGAGGCAGCGUAGCGCAGCAUGCAGGAAUCACCCCCCAGAGUUUAGGGAAGUCUCUGCACUAGAAGCAAACAGCCAGUUUGGCCUCAUUGAGAUUCAGCCGCUGCUUCACUAAAUCUAAUUAAUCUGAGAUUAUCCUUUAAUACAACAUUUGCUGCCUUGAAUGAAUUCAGAUCUGUACUAAUUGCAUUUAGUCUGAUGAUCAUCAGUGAGAUAUGAGACAUGACAGCAAACAAAGACAUCAGCAGACAGUGAUGAAGCUGUUUAGUGUUCAGCUGAUAGAUGAAUAUAUCUGAUUUACAUCGAAGACAUUAUUUGUAAACUUUUUGAUUGCAUGUGAAGAAAAGAGAGCCAACCGAUGAUACAAAAUGACAAAUAUCCUCAAUUCACUGUCUUUGUCUGAUUAGGGGAGAUGUCAGAUCACAGCUGUGAUUUUGGCUCCUGCCUUCAGUGAGAGUUACACUCCGAGUCUGUUUGUCUUGGCGAGAUCUUGUCCCACACUGAUUGUCUUUGUGUUUCUGUUGGGAAAGUGACUGAAUAAUGGAGUCAACUCCCCAUCCGAGCCUCCGUCUGACUCAUGGUUAAAGUGAUUUAAUCCCAGAUGAAAGCUGUGUUAAACAGAUCCGUGUCGGUCUUCACACCUGUGCGAGGAAUGCUUGUCGACAAGUGUGGCUCAGAGUUCGUUUUCCCCUGUGUCAGACUUUGAUGGCUCUUUGUUGUUGCUUGUUUGGCAGCUUGGAGGAGAUGACUCAUUUAACACAUCAGUUUUCCUUCUGAGUGUGUAUGAGGUUAUCUUACAGCUUGAGAAAUAGUCAGAGGAUGGGAGACUCAGAUGUCCUGGAAAAUCAGGGUCAGUGUUUCAUCUCAAGCCACAACAGAGACGAUGAUCAUCUGAUUACUAUUAUGAUGUAAAGGUUUACAGUUAGGAUAUCAGUGUAAGUAUGGAGGAUGUGACUGUGACUGAAAACUCUAUCCAGAAUGCAAAACCUCCUCGGUUUUUUGCUCAUUUUCUUUGCUGAAUUUGGCGUUAACUUAAAUUGUGAUUUGGAAAGUUGAACUCAGUCUGAAAUAGAUAAUAAAACUUAAGGAUCAAGACUGACUUUUGGAUUAUGUAAGCUCAGUGGUUCACAGAUGAAAAAGUAAAUUUAGCAGGAAAUGACUGUGAGAGAUAGAAAAUUGAGAAAGUAACAGUUGAAUAAAUUUACGCAGCUGUAACUACAUCAAACUCAGAUGAUGGUGGAGUCGUGCACAAUCAUCUCUGAAACUGUCUGUAGCUCACAGGGUCAAAGUUUUAUGCAUGCCUCUGAAGGUUUUAAUACUUCUUUGCUCUUUGCUGCAGGUGUAUGAGGUGUUCAGUGUGAUCCGUGAUCUCGGAGCCAUCGCCCAGGUGCACGCUGAGAACGGUGACAUUGUCGCUGAGGUACGCCAUUUUACUCCCAAUAUCAAGAGCUUUUACUGGAUGUUGACCUUAAGUUGAGUUCGAGCAGUGGUGCUUUUUUUAGCCGACACUUCCCACUGCAAAAACUGACCUUGCUGAAACAUCUGCGCAUAACUCGACCAUUUCAGCUGUUCCUUAUUUUGUUUGUGUCUGCUGUGUGUUAUCAGGAGCAGCGCAGAAUUCUGGAGCAGGGGAUCACCGGGCCUGAGGGACAUGUGUUGAGCCGUCCUGAGGAGGUAAGAAAGACUUGUUGCACCGUGCGCUCUGACCUUUUAGUCUGUUUUGUUGUUGCUGAAGUUUGUUUAAAAUUUGAGGGGAAAAGAGCAAUGCCAAAUAUGGUCAUUUUCUUGCUAACUUCCUAGCCUUAGUAGCUGUGAGUGAUGAGUUGUUUGACAGUGAAACGCUGAAGCUGUUGGUGACUCACCUCAUCUGUUUAUGUGGAUAUUCCAUUUGGAAACACAAGAACAGAGCACCGAUAAAUCACUGUUUUUACUCACCAACAUCCAGAUCUGGCAACGGAGUAGUGAAUGAAAUCUGAGGAGAAUGACUUACAGCUGCUUUGUUUGUAACAAACUCCUGUUUUCCUCAUAUGACUCGCUAAGAAAAGAAACAAAGGUAGCUCUGUCCAAACAGAUGACAGUGUUCUCUCUUCUUGGAAGAUUUUAUUUUCGUGAUUGUCAUUAAAAUAUUACAACCCCUCUAUCUCAUUUUUUGAAAUAAUUUGCCAAAGACAGUUUGUCAGCAGUUAACCUUAUUUUUUGUUUCCAUGGCUGGAAAACAAAGAAAAUGAAGCGUCUCUGAUUUGACUUCUCAAGCUCAUAAGAUAACAAAAAGGUAGCAAAAACCUGCACAGGCUUCCUUGAACUUGAUCCAUGUGUUAAGUCUUUGCCUCACAUGUCAGCUGAGGAGUUUAUUUUGGUUGGAAGAAUAUGGACAUGGUUGGAAAACAUAAAGCAGAGCCUUUCAAACAAAGAAGUCGUAAAUAUUGUCGUGACAUCUUAUCUUCUAUCCUCUCCAGGUGGAGGCGGAGGCUGUAAACCGCUCUGUGACUGUGGCCAAUCAGACCAACUGUCCGCUCUACGUCACCAAGGUGAUGAGCAAGAGUGCUGCGGAUGUCAUCGCUCAGGCCAGGAAGAAAGGUGAGAGUCAAAUACUGACGGUUUCAAAUCCAUCUCUAAUUAAAUCCACAUUUUCCGCUCAAUUUGCCACAAAUUUACUGUCUCUUUCCUCAAACUACAAACCACAGACACCAGACUUUAAAGAAAGCCCAGACUACUCCACUAACAAUGACAUCAUUGCCUUAUUUGUGGUUUUCCACACUUACAUUUAGGGUUUGGACCACGAAAAGCUACUUGCUUUUAAUGCUGGCUUUCAAACAGGCUAAUUCACAGAGAAAAAAAGCCUGUGGACAUGUGCUGUACUGAUGACAAACAUGUCCAGGAAACAGGGUGUGCGGUGUUAUAACUGAAUUUAAUUUUCAGGAACUGUGGUCUACGGAGAACCAAUCACUGCAAGCUUGGGAACAGAUGGAUCUCACUAUUGGAGCAAGAACUGGGCCAAAGCAGCUGCAUACGUCACAUCCCCUCCCCUGAGCCCGGACCCAACCACGCCAGACUAUCUCAACUCCCUGCUCUCCUGGUGAGAACAUCCAGACCAGAAGUACAUGAAGCUGUUCGGAUGAGAAUGCUCGACUUUCACUAACAAAUAAAUGACUUGAUAAAUGUCACUAACAAAUACAUUUCACCGCAGUUUACAAUGAGCACAACAUCCACCCUUUUCUCUUUCUACACUUUGAAUCCCUGUGUAGUGGUGACCUGCAGGUGACAGGAAGUGCACACUGUCCCUUUAACACGGCUCAGCGCGCCGUAGGUAAGGAUGACUUCAGCUUGAUUCCUGAAGGAGUCAACGGCACUGAGGAGAGGAUGUCUAUCAUCUGGGACAAGUGCGUGGUACGUAUAGACCUACUUUGAUUUCUCCUGUGUGGAUCGAGCGUAGAUACAGUUCUCUUUCUGGUUUUAUGAAACAGGAUCAUAAGAGAUCAGUCGUUGGAUGUUCAGUUUCAUGAUUUUUUUGCAUCUAAACAAAGGUGGUGACCCCUGUGUUCGUCUCACGCCUCAUUUAAGGUGACAGGAAAGAUGGAUGAAAACCAGUUUGUGGCAGUGACCAGCACCAACGCCGCAAAGAUCUUCAACUUGUACCCCCGCAAAGGUCGUAUCGCUGUGGGCUCAGACGCUGACCUGGUGCUGUGGGACCCUGACGUCACAAAGAUUAUCUCUGCCAAGAGCCACAACUCUGUAAGAAAUAUGACUUAUAGUACACGUGAUUGUCACCAACCUUAGAGUCCUCUUGAAUUUCACAUGGAGGGGCUUUGAGGGUUUUAAUAAACUUCAUUCUUGCAGGGGUGGAGCUCAGAGUGCUUUUCAAAACAGAUUUCAAAGUCAAGCGAGCAUGUGAUUCGACAUGAAACUCAAUUUAGAUGAAAAAAAACAGCAACAACACAAAACCCUCUUUAUAGUUAUGAUUAUGAAUAAGAUAACGUUUGAGGUAAGAGAGCAUGUGGUGUGCUAGUCUUCGCUUCUUCUUGCGGUACGGCUGUCUGACUGUUCAACAGGGUGUGGGCCUCAAGCAGCGUCGAGGGAGUGAUGUCAUCCUUAAAAUCUGCCAGAGAGCUGGAUCACAUAGUUUCUGAUUGUUAACAGGCUGAUAACCAUGCACCCCUGUGUGUGUUUGUGUGUGAGUGUGUGUGUGUGAGACAGAGACUCCUGCCUGUGUGUAAGUUCUUGGCAUGUGUUCACUUAAGCCGUCAUGUUCUUUGGUUUCUUUUUAUUCCGCUUAGUCAGAAAAUGACGGAUUUAUGUUCAUGGGGGAAACUGCUCAUUUAGAGAGCAUAUGCAUGGACGGUUGUGUGAUUGUGUGUAUGUGUCUGGGUGUGUGUGUGUGUGUGUGUAUGUGUGUGUUGUGAAGUCUACUAGUGAUCUCAUUUCAGGCAUUUUGAGUCCACCAGAUUGCCAUGACCUCAGCUUUAGCUCCAGUAGCUCUUAGGAGAGGGUAGUCAUCCAGCUUCCAAAUUUGUCAAAUGGCAACCGCCUCACACUGUCCACACACACACACAUAUCCAAAACACCAACUCACACACACACACACACACACAAACACUCAAACCACUAACACAAUCUUUCUAUCUUUUCCUUCCUCUGGCCUCUUGCGAAACAAUAUCUUGGGAGGAAAUUCUUCAAAUUUGGCACAAACAUUCAGGUUGACACAAGGCUGUAAGGGUCAGAGGUCAAAGUCUUUAGGGUCUCUCAGGAAUGUAUUUGUUUACAACUUUAAAGUUUCCCUCUGGUUGUGACAAAAUUUCACAAGCAAGUGUAAUAGAACAAAUUUAAAAAGCGACAACAGAGCAGGGGUCGAUUUAAACUCAGUACAGCUUUAUCUGGGGAAAGUACUUUCAUGGUGUUUGUUUCUCUAACCCGAGAAUCUGUGGAUGCAUUAUCUCCAAUAUGCACCUCUAACCACUGUGUCCUCAUAUCAAUUCAGAUCUUUCGUUGGAUAUCUUGGAAAUGCUCUCAGGGAACUGAAUCGUGUCCAGGUUAUUUUAUAUUUGUGGAUCGGUCUUCAUGUUCGGUGCCAUCUGUGGCUUGUUGUUUGACAAUCUCCUCUCUCUUUACCUGUCAUUUACUCAUAGUUGUGCUGUCACAGGAUGGUCGUCUGACAACCACAUGCUCCCCUCAGGAAUGAUGUUAUCCUGUUAUUAUUACAGGAUUCUUCCCGUGGGAAAUGCAUGCAAACUAAAACUUGACUUGUGUGCAGUGGUUUAAAACCCUAAAGAUGUACUUCUAGUCAGUAUUUGAAACCAAAAAGAGCAUUUGAAGCUCCUUUCACUUUAAUCCAUGAGCGCUCUGGCAAUUUUACACAGCGGCAUCGUGCGUGAACCCAAACUAAAAGUCUGUCCACAUCACUCUGGCAAUCUUUCAGAGAAAUACAGAGUAUGACUGAUAAAUCUGUGACCUAAACCAGCGAACAGCACGUGGUGCUGGGGGGUUACAUCAUCCUUUGGAUGGGAAAAACAGCUUGAAGAGAUUAUCCACUGUACCUCUACUUUGAAGGUUUUUUCUGUGAUGAUUUCACAUCUUGGCACUGAUGUCGUGUGAUACAUGCAGCUGUUGUAAAAUAUGACAUGAAAACGGUUCAAUAUCAGACAGGAAGUAUAACAUCCCUCACAUCUACAUACUAAAAGUCUCAGUCUAUGUCUAUAGCCAUGGAUUUUACAGCAACUCUACUGGGACUCCAUGAUAACUGUAAUUAACCAGAGAAAGUUAUGAUAACAAUAAUAUCACUGUAAUGAUAACAUUAAUCAGGAGAGAAAUUAAGUCUGAAUGGUGCUCGCUUGUAUCUCAGCCCCAAAUAUGGAUAUAUCAGAAUAUGGUCUCAAAACUCUGAACGUUGUAAAGAACAUAAUUGUGUGUGUGUGUUUGGUGUUGUGCAGCCUUGGAACCAGCUAAUGAAAUGAGUGAGGGGUAAAUCAGAAAUGAUGGUGAGAAAGGGAAAAAAAUCAAUCUUUUUCUUCCUUUAUUGGCUUCAUUAUAAUGAAACAUGAGCUCAUCAGAUUCAUUCAAGAGGCUUUGACAGCCUAUAAUCAAAGGUUGCAGUAAAGCACAAUUGGUUAUUUGGGUUUUAAAAGCCAAAACUACUUGUCUAUCAAAGUAAGGCCAUUUCUUUACAAUUUGAUUUAUAACUUAGUGAGUCUUUGUGGUAAAUCAGAGUGUAUUUAUAUACUGUUGUUCAUAAAGAGGCUUGCCAUAUUGGAAAACUUUGAAGAAAAAAAAAAACCUUGGUUACAACAUUUAGUUACAGCUCAGAAUAUCGUAUUUAAGGUCAGUGAAUGUAUUAAUGUUCACACACUGGCUGUGAUUUUUUGACAUGUAUUUGUAUCUGAAUAUUUCUGCUCUCCUCUACAGACUGUGGAGUACAACAUCUUCGAAGGCACAGAGGUGCGCGGUGGACCUCUGGUGGUGAUCAGCCAGGGCAAGAUCGUCCUGGAGGAAGGGACCCUCCAUGUCACUGAGGGCACAGGACGCUAUGUGAUCCGAAAACCUUUCCCCGACUAUGUGUACAAGAGGAUAAAGGCUCGCAGCAGGGUACAACUUCUUUAUAGCGACCUGAUGAUCCAAACUGCACAUUGAAUUUAACUGAUCAUUAUAUGACUGGUGCUUCUUGUUGCUUUACAUGCAGCUGGCUGAGCUGAGAGGUGUCCCCAGAGGACUGUAUGAUGGUCCGGUCUGCGAGGUGUCUGUAACCCCAAAAACAAUGACUCCUGCGUCCUCUGCCAAGACUUCACCUGCCAAGCAGCCCAGCCAGCCUGUCCGCAACCUGCACCAGUCUGGAUUCAGCCUAUCUGGUCAGUUCAGUCGUUGGUUUGCUAUCAAUGUCAUUGUGUUUUUACGAUUUUUAUUUCUAAUGUCGAAUAAAGUUUUGAGCAUGAUUACUCUGGAGACAAAAAUUACUCUGGAGACUAAAAUGAUUCAUCAUGAAACCUGCUGCAUUGGAGAUGGUGUAUGUCUCCUCCAAGCAGGACUGUUAUUAGAUUCCACGUCGUCCAUAAAUUGUGCUAAGGUAUGCUAAGGUCACCAUUAUCUUCACUCUGCACGCUGCUGCUGCAUAAAGAGCAGCACUCAUGACAUUUUCCAGGACAUUGGAUACAUACCAGCAGUGAAUUCAUGAUUGAAUUUUCUGUCGGAUAAAUCCGUUUGAACAAACUUCCUGGAAAUAAAUGGAUUAUUUUAAGGCAUCCUUAUGUAAAAUCCAGACAGGGUUCACAUCGGGGGAAGUUUUGAGAUGUGAUUUUAAAAUGCUACAUAUUUUGUUUUCUUGUGUGUUCAUGAUAGAAACUGAAGCGGCUAACCUCCAUUUGAUCCCACAGGUGCUCAGAUCGAUGACAACGUCCCUCGCCGGAACACCCAGCGCAUCGUGGCUCCACCAGGUGGCAGGGCGAACAUCACCAGCCUGGGUUAGAGAUCCACCAUCAGCCGCUGAGGAGGAAACAAAGAUUUGAGGGAGGAAGUCCACAAGGAGCUGAGAGGUCGAGAAAUCGCGUAUCGAGACCUGGAGCCGAAUCCUUCUGAGCGCCUGGCCUGGACAUCUGUCAGCCUCGAACUUUCACCUCCUCCUUUGCAGCUUUUCCACGUACCCACUCUCCUCCACCCUGAAACCUGGUUCUAGUGGACACAGUUAGACACAAAAACAAAAAAAAGGUCUGCCUCAUAUGAUGGAAAAAGAGAAAAAAAAAAAGAAAACACUUCUUAUUUGAGCACUUUUGAUCGCAUUAUUUACAUAGUUUUUUUUAUACUGUAUGUUUUCCCUGCCAUGUACACUUUUGGUGUUUGUUUGACUGUUGUUUUAGUACAGGGGAUGAGUGAGACUGAGCUGAGUCACUUCAAGUUGAGAAUAGUGGGUCAUUUUCUUUCAGGAUGUCCAUUAUUUUUUCCAUUUUGUCCUUUCUGCUUUGAGAGUAAUUUAACAGGAGCGUGGGUACAAAACUGAUUUUCUUGCUUUUUUUAAAUUGGCUGAACAAAAGGUGGCUUGACGUUUAACAGUCUUACAGCUUAUUCAUCUAUCAAAAUAACUCUUAAAAGCUUUGAUUCAGUGCAUUUGUUAUCUGUCACACACUGUUACAAUCCAUUAACAAGUGAUUACGUAAGAAAAGGACGGCCCUCAGAUAUGAAAAAAAACUUUAUUAGUGUUAUAAACUCUCUUUGCACUGGCUCUCAGUUGAUGAUUUCCCACCUGUGGCUAACCAAAGGUACAUAAGUAAAAACCCAUCCUCCAUUUUUGCAUAUUUGGCUGCUGCCUCAGAGCUUGUGAGUCGUUUGGAGCAGAGGGAGCUUUGGCAGGUCGUAGAUUGAGCUUAAUGCCUCAUUUCUCAACAUCAGGGUGUAGUUAAGUGGGGGGAUUUGGAUGAACGAUGGAUGGAGGAAAUAGAAAAUAGUUUUUGGUGUUAUUUCAAACUUUAACGUUUCCUUGCCUUAUAGUUCACGUUUAAUGCCGUCCUUUUAGAGAGCUUUUUGGGAUGUAGGAAUCAUUGCUGCUCAUCUACAUCAUUUCCAGCUUGUUUGCAUUCCUGAAAAUCAUGAUAAUCAAAGUGUUUGAUUGACAGCUGCUGAAGCAUCUGAUCACCGUCCAUCACCAAGCAGUGCAUUUACACUCCGAAUGUCUCUCCUCCUUUAAAUGUGACUGUUUUAUACUCAUCUGAAGCCCUCUUUUCCUUUCUACUCUUUAUGUGCCUGAAACCCACAGAAGUUGUACUGAUAGUUUGGAUUUUCUUGUUUUAUUUUUCUUCUUUUUGAGGUAAGCGAAGGAUGUAAGAUAAAAGAUGUAAUAUAGCCAGGAUUAACCGAUUCAAAGGUGCCAGAUUUUGCGCUUUCAAAGGGCCUAUUCUGUAGGUAGAGCCCCUGUAAAGACGAAAAACGCUCGAUAUGUUGAAAUGUUUUAAUGUUUUAGAGUUUUUAACUUGUUGUCAAACUGCUUUUUAGUGUCAUUCUGUAACUAGGUGCCUAAGGGCCGAGCACUAUUGAUUUACGCUUGAAAGUAGACAUGAGCUAAUGUACUUCUGACUAGUGUGCAGUGUUGAUGUGUGAGGGAUGGGACACACACGGCCCGGCUCCUGUACAGCACUUCUUUCCGUUUUGGAUAAGAUGUCGCUCCAGGCCGUGCUGAGACCUCAUGAGCUCUGGUUCCUUUUUUAAAUGAUCUGGUUUUCAUUAAGCCAAGCAACUGAUUUCCUCUGUUAGCUCUUAUGUCAACAUCUUCUUGGCCGCCAUUCACUAUAUUUCUGCAGCCCCCUUUUUUCUCCCCAUGACUCAACACGGCACAACACGCUCACGCUAACACAUGCACGUAUCCAGGGGUCAGUUACAUAAAUGUACAUGAAGCGUUAGAUAGAUUUUAGACUGGCCUUGCAUUCCUCAGACCUAUAUGAUAAAAAAAAAAAAUAGCUCCUGGAUACAUAUGAGCACACCAGCUUUUAGUUACGCGUUAAAAAUCUUCUUGUUGCCAUGGCAGCACAUUAAAGAUAGUGUCCCAAGGCUAAGGUGUGGAGUUUAAUGAUACCAGUAGAGGUCUUGAUCAAAAUUAGACUCGAGCUCGAAGUUUAAAAGAAGAGUUGAACGCCCUUUUUAUGUAGCUGCCGUCUUUCUGACUCACACAUACAUAUAAGUCGAUGUGUAACUUUUCCACACCAUGUAGUGCUCGGAUCUAACUGGAAGCCCCUUUAAGGUGAAGUCUGAAAUUGUGCAUGUAUUUGAGGAAUCCAAAGUAAGGGGAGGGGGACAUAAUAAAUGCCUGUUACUGAACCUCUGAAGCAUUCAAAGAUGUAACACAAUAGGAAUGAGAAACCGAAACUUGAUCUCCACGGCAAAUGACACAUCACACAACAAGCUUUUUGUAAACCAGAAGCCGGGACUCUAACCCUUUCUGAAUGAAUGUUCGAUCCUUCCACUGAUUUGAACUUUCUUCUUCUCUUCUUGUACAGAUAAUUUACACUACAUUACACACCACUACUACUAUAACCUUAGCCGGGAGUGUAAGAGGGUUAGGUUCUCUAACACUAAUACAGUUUGGCAGCAAGCGGAGCCCUCAUGAGAGUAAUAGCACGCUUGUAUUUCUGUAUUUUCCGCGUCACUCCUUCCUUUCACUUUCCCUCUGUCUCUCCCUCCCUCUGCCCUCUCGGUCUUAUUUUCAUUCAUUCCCUCCCUCCUCCAGCUUUUUUCUUGUUUCUGUCAGUUGCCAAGGACACAGACCCCACCACUCUUGCGGGUUUUUUUUUGCUUUUUGUUUGUCAUGGCGACGCUUGUCAGUUUGGAGGUUGCCAUUAGCAACUCAUCCUGACCUGGUGCUAUUAGAAGAGCUUAGCGCCUAAACACACAUUUUUGUAAUUAUUCUGUGACAGUGCUGCAACUUUCCUGUUUAAUCCUGUGCAGAGUUUCUUGAAAUUCACAGUCCUCUGCUGCAGGAGGAGGAUCUAUGAACACUGCAGACCGAAAUAGGAACACAUACACACACUCAUUUUCACAUAGACACUUUCAUAAUAGCCUACACACACACACACCAAACAGCCUGAGAGCUGACUAUGCUCACAUAGUUUCCUUUUUUUCUUGCUCAGGGUGGAAAACCCAGAUGCUGUUUUUAUGUUGUUCUUUUGUUGUAGUUGUAUAAAUGUAUGUUUUCUUUAUUAGGUAACAAAUGAUACAAAUUCAAAAGGACAUCAACCAACUUCAAGUUAUAAAAACAAACUCGAUAGCUGCAAACAGCUGCACACAAGAUAAAGCUAAACUCUUUGAGAGCAUGUUUGACUUUUGAAGGUUACAUACUGGAAAACAUAAUUUUGGUUAUUUAAAGCAGCAGGAAGCUGAUACAUAGUUUAAUAGCUUUAUGCAAAGACAGUCAUAUAACAUAAGCCUGUGUCAAACCGUAGAUUUUGUAAGCGGUUAGAAGCUGAUGCCACAGUUUGAUAGUUUAAAGAACAGGUCUGCGGAUGAUGUAAUGCUAGCUUGUGUCAAAUCACUAAUUAAUGUACAUAUGAGCUACCUAAAUUUUACCUUUUCUAAUGUUAGCUUGCAGAUGGCCUAAAGCAGCUGAAAAUGGCAAAAAAUUACCUGUUCUUGAAUGCCCUUACACCCUUGAUGACUGAAUAAUUUGUAUAAUAAUCUUAUUUUGCCACAGCUUGAAUGCCAAUAGGUUAGAAAGGCUAUAUUCAGUUGCGAAUAUAAUAUUUUACUCAAACAUGCGAUAUUAUCUUUGUGUUGUUUACAGUUGGCGAAACCAAAAUGAUCCCGAUUGUGUAGAUAACCUGUACUUCAGCAGCAGCCUGUCAAAACAGCGUUCAGUCUUCCUGCCCUGUUACAUUGAAGAUAAAAGACUGUUUCUUAAAACAGUCGAUGAAAUUUGAUGUUGUGAAAACCUCCACCCCCCCCUCGCUGUGUCCCAUGCCUAAUCACACACACUCACACUCACACACACACACGUAUACUCCUUUAAUGCUCUGUCAGCUUGGAUGCUUUUCUAUGCCAUAUUAUGCUAAUGAUAUAUGAGUGAUAUGUAUGUACGCUACGUGCUGCAGACUGAGAGGAGUCUCCUUCUGUUCUGAGGCUGCUGAUGCUGAUGUUGAACUCCUUCUAAACCCCUCUGAACCCCCUCGUCCUCCCCACUCUGUAAGCCUCUCUCCCUUCCUUUGUGAAAGUGAAACUGUGUGAUGGUAUUUGUCUUGGUGGCUGUGGGGUUUCUGGGAUGCUUGCUCACUGUGGAAAAAGUGUCAAAUCCCAUGGAUGGUGAUGUAAAAAAAACAACAACAAGAACUUCAAGAAUAAAAAAAGAGAAAAAAGGGAGCAGAUCCGUGUCUUUUUUUUUUUCAUGUUUCAUCUAAAAAGCUGUCGGUAAGUCAUAAAAUAUGGAGGCAAAACAAAGAGACAAAACAGAAAAACAUGACAGCCUCAUAUGUAAGAGGAUUUGCUGGUGAAGUGACAAAUAAACUUCCUUGUUAAGAUGACGGUUCAGUUUUGCCUGGAAGAGAAACAUUUCCAAAAGGAUGAAAGCUGUGGGAUAAAUCUGGUGAAAAAUAAAAUGAAAUGAAAGAUAUUUUGUUGGAUCACAAACAUAUUCUUGAAAUAUUUGAAACACGAAUGUUAUUGACAGUGCAUUGUAAAAAAUGCCAAAAAAGGUAACUGAAGUAUGCAACGUGUAGUGUCUAGGGGCAUUUAGCAAGACAGACUUUAUGGAAAUUUAGUAUAAUAAAGAAAGUAUGUCUAGACAAGAGUAUAAUCAUCUGAAUUUCAAAAUGUUUCUGUUUGUUUUAGCUAAGAAUAAUUUAUAAGUAUUAUGUUUACAGAGGAACAGAUACUCCUUAUCCUGUAAGUCUAAUAAGAAAAACAAAAUAAACUAAAAGCUAACAGUGGCGAUGAGGAACUCUAUUAAACAUUUUUACUUUUGUGAGUAAGUAAAAAAAAAAAAACAUGCAUGUGACCAAAACUUUUGUGUUUUUGGCAAAUGUCAAACAUUCGUUGAUCUGUUUGUACCAGUGCUUCCUCAUGCCUUUUACCACCAUUAAGGAUGUUUGUGCAACAGUUGUGAUGUAAUUUUAAAUUCUUGUCAAUUUUUACCAUUUUUAACCUUCAGACCUUUUUCGAUAAGUUUUUACACAAAAUCAAUGGAAAAUUAGUAUUUAGGGAUUAAUGUCAAGAAACAAGGGAAUUAUAAUUUUUUUUUUGCAUCAUGUGACCACUUUGACCCUCCAUACACGCCUAUUUACACCCGGAAAUCAUGCGCUCUGUUUCCUCAUUUGGAAUCAUGAGCCGGCAUGACGGCGUGAAUGGGCGCUCGGCAGGUAAGUGAAGGGAUGAAUAUUUACAUGAAUGUAUGUUUAAGUUUACUGAUACAGCUCCACGUGUGCACCCUUGGUUACCCUAUCCAACAGAGAAGGGAGAAGGAAAAGUAGCGCUGUUUGGGCGGUUAUUAGCGAGGCUGGCGGGAAGGGAAAUGUUUGGCGCGUAAAUAGGUAUGUUUGUGUGUUUGGCUUCACGCGCUGUCCGCAGUCAGUGAGGACGCCGCUCCGUCACAUCCGCUAAACGUUAAAAUUGCGGUAGUAUGGUUAAAAGUUUAACUCUCUUCUUACCGGUGUUACGCAGAAAUCUAUGGGCUUCUAACUGUUUUUAACAGACGACAUCACAUUUCCCCUAUUUUAGCGUCUUUACUUUGGCUUCUAGUUAGUUUUAGAAUUGAUUUUAAGAUUUUACUCAUUACUUUAAGGCAGUAAAUGAUCUGGCUCCAGAACUUUUAACCCCCUAUGAGCCAGCCCGCACCCUGAGAUCCUUGGUUGGGGGCCUCCUGGUUGUUCCAAAGUCGAGACUUGUAACUAAAGGUGACAGGAUUUUUUCCAUCAGGGCCCCUCCACUUUGGAAUGAUCUUCCCGAGGAGCUCAGAUGUGCAGAAACAGUCACUGCUUUUAAAACACGUCUUAAAACUCAUUUUUAUAGACUUGCUUUUAUGUGAUUUUGUCUUCUUUAAAACCUUUUACUCUUCUUAUUCAUGGUUUUAUAAAAGUCCCCUUCUUGGUCUCAGGUUCUUGUGAUUGGGUUCCUGUGUUGGCUGAGUAUCACAGGCUCUUGUAAUAUCUUUGUUUUAAUGUCUUCAUUUUAAUGACAUCUCAGCUCAUGUAACAUUUAUCAAAGCUUUUAUGUUGUCCACCAAUUUUUAUUUUAUUUUAUUUCUUUAUUGCCAGUAACAUGAUAGUUCCCCAGGUGUUCUCUUGUUGUCGUUAUGUUGUUUUUAUCUUCUUUGUUAAAAGUGCAACAUAAAUUUUAAAAAGCAAGGAAGAAAAAGAAAAGGAGUUAUAACUAACUUAAAAGUCCUCUUAAACAGGUAACAGAGAACUUCCUAUAUGAGACCAUCAGAAAGAACGGGAUUGUGACAUAUUUCUAUAAAUGGUGAAGACGGAAAUGAAGAAAACCCCUGCAUAAAUUACUUAAGAGGGAAUUUUUGAUCUUAACAUUUUGAGUGAAAAAAGUGUCUUUUUAAUUUCCUCCUGGCGUGGGUCUCUGGUGUCAGAGUCCUGCUUUGAGCUCAACCAGGCCAACUGAGACCCUCUAUGAGCAGUUCAAUGUUUUUUCAGUGUCAAAGUGUUUCCUUUGACUAAUGAAGAUGUAAAGGUUAGGUGACCUGGAAAUAGGCGAUUACAAGUGUCAUUGUAUUUGUCAGUGUUAUUCCUGUGACACACCAGGGUAUAAACACAGUUUUUACACAUACUUUUUAACCACUUAGGUCCACAACAUGCAGUUAUACUUUUACUGCACACAGCAUAUAGCUGGUCAUUACCUUGGAGAUGCAUACAUGUUUCACCACUAGGCGGCAGUGCUGCUUUAUGGAUCACCUACAAGUUUAUGCAUCCUCUGCCACUGCCAUGGAGUUUUUUAUGGUUGGAGUCAUAUUAUUUUGGUCCAUGGUGCAGCUCUUUAACAAAUACAUAAAACAGUUACAGUAAAAAUAUGAUAGACUGAUUCAGACUGUGUAGGAUUUAGAUAUACAGACAUCUUGGUCAGGUUGAACCAUAUGAAAGAAAGAAAAACCUGCUGAUCAAAUAUAAACUGAAUGAAAUAUAUCUAUAUGUACAUAGAUAUACAUACAGGUAUCUGCAAUAAACUCCUCACUGAGCUUGUCCAACACAUAGAUAGUUUGAUAUGCUGUGCACUUUGCUAUGUAUUGUUAUAGAGUUAUUGAGAGUAGCUCAAAAUUUCAAUAAGUAAGAAAAAUUUCAAGAUUCUCCAUUUUUUUAAGGUCCAGAUUUAAAGGGAUAUUCCAGCGUAAAAUAAAGUUUGGGUCAAACACACUAUAACAUCGAGUUAGACACCCCCUCGAGAGAUGAAUGUUGCUGACCGCUUGCUUCUCUUGUUAUACCAACUUUAGCAAUGACCGCAGAUAGCAAUACACAGCUGUCUUAGGAGCCAUAAACAAACGUGGCGUUUUGGUUGAGGUCGUUACUAAAGUUGGUAUAACUAGUGAAGCAAGCGGUUGGCAACAUUCAUCUCUCGAGGGCAUGUCUUACUCGGUACUACGGUGUGUUUGACCCUAAAUUGAUUUUACGCCAGAAUAUCCCUUUAAGGAGCUAUCAAACCAACCUGGGCUUCAGUGACCCCUCAGCAGCAACACAGGCAGAUCACCUCCAGACAACUUUUUUUUUGAAUGAGUGAUGCAUUUGUGUCUCACUGUAGAAAAUCGAAACACAGAGCCCUCCUGUGGUCAAGUGUGUGCUGUUUUCUACAAAGACCUCUUCUAUGAUUUAAACCUCAUCUGGAGUCUAUACACCCUCUCUCUAUUCACACUCAGUCUGUGUGGGAUCACAAAGGAGCUGAAGCCUGUCUUUACAUUCAUUUUGGUGGGUGGCGAGGUUACUCCAGUUCUAUCACAAAGCUGACACACAGACGCAGCCAACCCUUUACAAACCACUCCGAAACCCCUGAAACUCCACAGAGGGAUUUGACCUCCUGUGCUCAUUGUUCCGGGGAGCAACACUCAGAACCAGAUCAGGGCUACAUGGAUUUGUGCUCAAAUAAAACUGCCUUUAAGGAGACACUGUCGGCUAAAUAAUUGCAGGUUUUUCUGAUUUAAUAUAAAUUAUUAAGUGAGUGUUGCAGUUAAGCUUUUAAAUGCCUGCAGCCUUGAGAACAGAUGGAUUUUUUAUCCAACCCCUGCAGCUUGGUCUUGCAGAUUUUGUUGGUGCUGGACGCUAUUUUGUUUGAACCAAAUACUUUAAUGUGCCUAAGGGCUGGUGUUGCACUGUUUUGUUCUUUUUUUUCAGAGUCUCUGAACAAAGAAGAGCUGCACAGGGUGCUAAUAAUAUUGACACAAUGCCAAGGUCAGACUCUCAAAGUCCGGCUAUCGCCUUUUUGGCUCAUUUUUAUUGAAGUGGAAGACUUAAGCUGCCCUGAUCCUGUGGGCACCUUUAUACUCCGUGUGGUUACUGACCUUUGGACAAGUGUGCUGACCUUUUCUAGCUCAGUCUGGCUAUUGGAGAAGAAUCCAAACAUGGUUUGUUGUCGUUUACUGCCUGGAGUCCAACAAGAGCUACAACAUAAACCAAACCAUUAUCUCUACCUCCUUUUUUGAUAAAACCAUCACUGCUGGAGAAACCCAAGACCUUUAAGACCACAGCUCCACUUAGAAAAUAUUUCGCUUUAUUUGAACAGCUGCAAAAAUAAGAGAAGCUUUACACCUGGAAGUGAGAGAAUAAGUGAGGUUCAAUAGGUGGUGUCCAGGACACAAAUGAGCAAAAAGAAGAGACAAAAAUCAGUGUUUAAAAUAAGUAACCACAUCGUUGGCAUGACUAUUGAAUUCAUCAUGAUUGGACUUUGCUCUGUUCUGCGUAUGGGGCUGUAAGUUGUUUCACAUUGAUAUGCAUCCAUGGCUGUCAACCUUCAGAAAAGUAAUUCAAUGUCAAAACACACUCAGGUGAAGUAAUUCCUAAUGUAAACUCUGUGGGAAGAGAUGACUUUCUUGAAUUAUUUAUAGAGCGCCUGUUUGAAGUCAUUCAAACACUUCUCUGCGAUGAUUUAAGCAGGAAUUUUAGUUUGUUCCCCAAUUUGCAGAAAUCAAACAAAGCAAAAGCUUCAUUUUCUGCUGCCAUUAAAAAAUCAUUUCAUUUCAUCCCAGCUCCUAAAUAUAUUCAGAAAACAAAAUGCAAAAUACUUGUUUGUAUGCCUGUUCAUCCUCUGAGUGGUUCUGGCCCUGAGCCUGCGGAUUUACAUAGUGUCUGCUUUUCUAUCAAUGAAACAGCUGCAGGAUUUACUUCAAGUGCUGCUAAACCACACAGGUGUAAGAUCUAUUCCUGUUGAUUAAACCUCUGCUGACGUUCACGCUUGAAGGGGUUUUGCUUUUCUGGGCGUAGCGAGUAACAAGCAGGAUAAAGAUGCGUAUAAGCUCUGACCAUAAGAGGGAAAAUGAGAGGAAACACAUGUGUGACCAAAUUAGCCUUGAAAUGUUGAUACUUGCAGUCAUUUAUUUCCUAAAUCUUCCUGGUAACAAGCUUGUCACAAUAUAAAGAGGAUUUUAUGAUAAUCAUGGAGCAAAUUUAAACUAAUUUUGCUAAAUCUGAUGCUAUCUUUCUUUUACACAUGCUCUGUGGGAGCCAAAUAUGUUGAUGUGAUACCAUAUUAUGAGUUGAAGUUCACUUUGUGUGCCAUGGGUGUCGCUGUCUUGUUAUCCGGGGCUCAGGAAUAAAGGUAGCCAUUAGUGAUGCACGAUAUGAAAAAUUUCAACCGAUACCGAUAACCGAUAAUUUUCUUCUUCUCAUGGCCGAUACCGAUACCGAUAACCGAUAAAUUCAUAUUUUUACAUUUAUUAUAAUCUUCAUAUAAUCUGCAGUUUGUGCAGGAUGCAGCGAUUGAAAACUGAUGUUUUUGUUGCUCUGGCCUAUCUUGAACAACAAACAAAAGUUUUUGGCUCUUCAAAUGUGGUCAUUUGCUAUAAAUAACAGUAACAGAGCAAAAAGCAGAACUUCAUUUGAUCCCCUGAACUGUUCAACAGAACUGUUAACUGUAAAGGAGCUAUUAUGAGACGCUAGGUUUAGCAUGCUGACCGGACUAACAUCUGACGUCCAUAUGUCUGUGGUAAAACUCACGUGUAGUCCGUUCUUGUCGAUCAGGUUGUGAAUGUAUGUGGCGACAAUAUCAUAGAGUGCAGGAAGAGACACAUCCGAGAAGAAGCGGCGGCUUGGGAGAGUGUAACGUGGCUCCAAGUGUGCUAUGAACUUACGAAAACCCGGGUUCUCAACGACGGAAAAAGGCUGGUCGUCGACCGCUAUGAACUCCAUCACUUUGUCGUUAAUGGCUUUAGCCUUUUCGCUGUCUCUUGAGAAGCUUUUGCAGUUUUUAAACGCCUGCUGAAUGGGGACAUCGAUCCUCCGUAGUGUUGUUGUCUUAGCUUUAGUACCGCUAGCAGCUUCGGCGGCUGUCUCAUAUUCUUUUACUACCGCUUCGCCGCGAUGGCGACUUUUCAGAUGAGCUAUCAGAUUCGUUGUGUUAAAACUUGACGUCUUCUUUCCUCCUCUCGGAAUCCUCGCUGAACAGGUUUUGCAUAUAGCAAUGCUGUUGUCAUCUUCUGCCACUGAGAGAAACGACCAUGCUAGUGAAGACAUUUUAUUAUCUGUCAGGUAGUGACGGGGUCAGGCUUGGGACCUGCGAGUAAGGCGCGAUAGAUGACAUAACCAGCGCGUCUCGGACGGGCGGCUACUCCGCCUGCAAACGUUACUCGUAAUUUCAUUAAUAUAUCGGAUCUUUCUAUCGGAAAAAUGCACCUAUCGGACCGAUAAAAAAUGACGUAAUUUCCCCCCAAAUCGGCCGAUAUUUUAUCGGUCCGAUAAAUAUCGUGCAUCCCUAGUAGCCAUGUCACUGUUGUGGGCAGGUGUUUGACCUGGAAGGGCAAAAGGUUUUGUGGCACCAAAUGCCGGCGUUUUCUUGUUUGUCCAGUGGAUAUCAAUUGCAAAAUGGAUUUUGGUUAUGUUAAUCCCAAUAAAUUUUUGUUUGCUGCAUCUGAGGAACAGCGUACGGACUUUCACUGAUCAUCACGACUCACGGUAGAACUCAGUAGCACAACGCGUCAACCAGGUUACUCUGCGUCAAGGAUCUCAGUAGCUUAAAGUAUCGGUUUAGCUCCUACAUGCUCAUUUAGAUCAUCUAGUCUAUUCCUACCAGGCAUGGAUCUUGUGUUGAGAGCACCGAUACAUUUCCUAGUAAGGGCGUCGUAGUGGGGGGAGAUGUGGAACUGACCUUCCAGGGUUCAAAAGAAGAAGGGGUCCUUUGAGUGCUUGAAAUGAAUUCUACUUCUUGUUUGCAUCUCGGCUGUGGUUGGGGAGUGAGAAGGCCUUAUAGCAAAAGCUAAUGAAAGUACUAUCUCAUCCGCCCUUGGUUUUAACACCUUGUGCUUACUUGCAUGGCUUCCUCUAUCACUCGAUGAUGGUUUGGAUAUUAAAGAUGUCCAAAAUGAUAGAUCUUUUAGUAAUCCUUCCACAAAGUAGUGGAAGUCAGCCCAUACAUUGUGUCUUUGUAGCCCAUGCAGCAUGACGGGCGUGAAGCAAUUCGAGCACAGUAAUAAGAGCCAUCAUUUAUGACUGAUCUUGCGGCAAAACAAAUGAAACAGCGGAAUCAUGCUCAUGAAUUUAACACCCAAGGCCACAGGUUUAGCUUAGCAGUUAAAGCACGUACCCCAUCUACCGAGGUCAGAGUUGAUACAGCGGCCCUGAGUUCAGCUCCAACCUCGGCCCACUGCUUCAUGUGACUCUGUAUUCCAAUAUAUCCUGUCUCUCUUUAGCUGUGCCACCAAAUAAAGGAAGAACAACACAAAAAGUGUUCCCCAAUUAUAAUCCUGCUCCAGUCCAAUCUGUCCAACAAAGUAGGUUAAUCUGCUUAAAGCCCAGUUCAAAACAUUUCAGCCUGCACUGAAUAUGUCAUAAUUUUAAUGUAUGAUUGAAUCACCAUGAAAUAACAAAAGAUUAUACCCUCUUAAACUUCUGUCGCCAAACAAAAAGUCCUCAUGUGUCAACACAUCAACUAAAUGUUCAACCAGACAGAAAAUCAUUACGGCAAAUAACAGAGUGGGGACUCUGGGGACAGUGGGGACUCUGGUAAACAUUUACAUUGAGAAUCAUGCCAGAGGCUGCAUUUGCCGGUUCAUCUGAACACAUUUGAAUAAACCUCGCUGCAGCUACCAGAGAACCCUUUACAUAUGAGAGAGUUUGAGUAACGACUAAAGUAGGGGGUGGAUUUGUUUCUACACACUCUUUUCCCCCUUGUAUCAUAUGCAAGGAAUCAAUACAGACAAUGCUUUGAGGAAUCAAGUCAUGCACAGACAAUAAGAGCCCAAGAUUAGAGGAUUCUCCAAAGACAACUCAGAAAUGUUUUCUGGCUAGACACAUAACACAAACUUCUGCAAAUAAUGGAGCCCGUUAGGCUUUCUGUCAGAGUCACAAUUCGCCCCAUCUGUUUUACUCAACAUCAUUAUCAAUCAUGAUCUCCGUUUGGAAUGAAAUUUCACUUUGCAAAGUCAACUGAUUCGGUUAAACAGCACUCACUCGUCUUUCCAGUAAUGGGCGCCUAGAUCAAUUUAUCACAACAGCCUUUACUUUCAUUUGACAGCUGCUGCUUGCCGUCUUAAUCUUAGGUGUCUUUUUGAAACAAGAGCUGCAUGUUUAUUGGAAUCAGAUGCUUCUGUUUCCAUAAAUAAUACUUAAACUGUUGAGUGCAGACAUAACACAUCUGGACUGCUCAGUUUGUCUUUUACAAGUACACAAACAAUCACUCACAUUCAUACACAAAAACCAAUCCAAGCUGCUUCAGACAAACACAGGUGUACACACACAGGAUGGACUCGUAAUCAUGUUGGCAUGGGUGUGCACACAAGCAGGAAGCAAGCUGUGGUGUGAUGAUUUUUCCCUCUGUCAGUGUCCCUCUCUCUGGCACAGAUCAUUUGUUGUGAAUCAUUAGUUUUCAGGGCUCUGUUUUUCUUUUCUCUAUGGGGCCAAAAAAAUGGCAGCGUCUGCUCUGCAAAGCUGUGAAUUUUGGCAACUCAGGGAAGUGCAAGGGUAGAUUUAAUCUGUUGGUUUGAAUUUCAAAUAUGAGAAGUGGACACACAGGAAAAGUUAAAUCCCAAAAACUAAUUUAUAAAAGAAGAACGGGUAUAUUUAAAGGGAUAGUUUGGAUUUUUUUAAGGUGGGGUUGUCCCUACUUAUAGUAAGUGUAUUAUCCUCAGUAGAUCCUGAUCAGCUUGACCUCUUUGUUGAGUACAACAAAAAACAUGGCAUACAUUAGCAGUAGCAGAUGCAUUGCUUUCAUGUAAUUUAGCUCAUAUUAAGAAACUCCAACCCAAACACAAACUUGGACAUAAGCAGGUCCUGAAGUGACGCCUACCAAUCACCAAAUGCAAGUGACUUGACGUUGCUUUAGCUGUUGCCCUGGUGUACUCUUAUGGUUUGUCUUUAACACUUCGUUAUCUUAAUUAUCUUACUGUUACAAAUAUGCUGCAACAAAAACACAAAUUUGUUAUUAUGGCUGGUAAUUAUUAUGCUACACUGUCUCAGAUGUUAGUUUUCAGUAGCUGUUGUUAGCCUAGCUUCUGUGUGGUUAUGGUUACCUUAUAUUUCCACUAAGGGACUAGGCUAACAGGGACCCUGUUGCCAUUACUUUUACCACUGACAAGUGCUUCAUACAACCCUGUUAAAUGUGAGGUUGUUUGUGACAUUAUUGAAAAAUUAAAGUCUAGGGUGACCAUAUUGUGAAUCCCCAAAAAGAGGACACGACUAUGCGGGGUGGAGUCACUGAGUCGCACAAAGUUAAUUUUGAGUGUUUUUCGGGUUAGAUUGAGUGCCUUUUACGUGUUUCUAACUCAGUAAGUCCACGUGACACAAACUCAAAUCUUGCGUACAAAACUGCAGACAUUUGAAGGAUUUUAUAAACUUCUCCGGACAAGCCUGGAUAGCCCCGCAAAAAGAGGACGUAUGGUCCCCCUAUAAAAAAAAAGGCCCAAAUUUUUACAGGCCUAAAUUUGGCAUGUUUUGGCAUACUGUACUCAACUUAAACUGAGACAUUGUCGCCUGAAUUCACUGACAAACCUAUACCAGGAAUUCAGAUUAGAUGUUAUGUAACUGCAAAUAAAACUGGCUCAAUGAGAAACCGAAAUAAGGCUGAUACAUUUCUCUUCCAUAUCAUGUCAAAAUCUGUCUGAUACAGGAAUUAAAACUAAAGACAGAAGUUUCUGAAUUUUAUUUGGUCAUUUUGUGUUUUCAUCAGUGAAGACAUGAGCGGGAUGAGAAGUCUGAAAUUCAAACCCCUAACCAACAAAACAGAUCUGAACUCAUCAUUGAUUGAAAGGCUUUUCAGUUCUGCUUGUUCAACCUUUAACAAUGAGAUUUCUCAAAAACGGUGAUUAAAUCGUCAUGGUUUCAACCUUAAAUACUCUUAUUCUUAUUAAGACGAUGAAUAACAAAAAGAGAAAACGGCUCGGGAAGGAGAAAUAUUUGUGACCGGACAUCACAUUUUUUUCUAAGAAAGGUGUUUCAUCUUUAAAGACAUUAUGAAAUAAGACCUAAAGGAACAUAUGAAAAUGAAAGCCCAAGCAUGAAAUUCCACCAUUGUACAUUAAUCCACUCAGUCAUGCCUCUCUGAAGACAUAAAGCAAACACAUUUUCCACAGCUACUUGUUGCCUUAUUGAGUCUCCGGCUGUGAAUUGGUUGGUUAGCUAUUAAAACACUUGAGCCAUCAUCUGAGAAGUAACACCUCACAGAGUUUAAACACAGAAAUAAUCCUCCUGAACGGUCACUAAAUGAGACGAUUUAGGUACAAACCUCUAACAGUAAUACAGAAUGGUGGACAUUGUUCUUCUUCAUGCACCAAAACCUGAGCUGACAGUAAAAUGACAAAUCACGUGUCUUCAAGAGUUUCUUCAGCGUGCUGCUCUAUUCAGAUAAACACUCAGUAUUCAUCUCUGUUGUGAUGUCUGCAGGGGGAAAGAAAUACCUUUAAUCCAUGCAUGGCGGAGGAAAGCAAACCUGUUUGGACCAGGAGCGCACAGAGGAUUAAUAAUGAAGAGGAAAAGUGCAACAACUUCUAAGAGACAGAUAAGACCGUCAGAAACAGGUUUGUAUGAGCCGCUGUAUUCUCAAUGUUCAUAAUAUGGAACACAAACAGUAUCUCAACACUGAAACACAUCAUGUUUACGUCUGUGCUUAUUUUCUCAAUUCACAGAUCACCUCAUUUCAUUAAAGACAGACAGGAUUGGCACACACAUGUGAAAUAAUACAGUUGAAUACAAGCAGCUGACACCCUUUCGCAAGCCUUCAGUGCUCAUUGUGACAGUUAAGAGGGAUUUCAAUUCAUUAAUGUUAAUGAAGGUCGUCUGUAUUGGCAUAUGUCAAGAUAAUCUGCCAGCCACUUGCUAAAGGUCAUAUUGAUCAUCUCAUAGCUGCUGUUUCACCAAUGAUUUCUAUUCAUGCCUUAAAUCAUCUGAUAGUUUUUUUGUAACACCACACUUUGUUUUUGUACAUCACAAAGGUCUCUCCAUGGUUAUGUCCAUCAAGCACACAUCAACAAUUACAUCCCAGUGAAAUUAAAGCUCCCCGAGUCACCGUGUCUUUAAUUCAGAAUAAUAUAAAUAGUUAAGCACAGAUCCAGUUACAUUCAGCAAAAACAGAAACUGAAAACUUCUUGAAACAAAGAAAAAUAUGGCUGAAACAGGAUCAUGUUUAUCAUUGUGCUGAACCACCUCUUUUUUUUAACAGCGCUCCACUUUCUGGAGCUUUAACUGGAGAAAUAUGGUACCCAAUUCUUGCUUGAUAAGGGAUUUCAGCUGCCCAACAGUUCAAGGUCUUCUUUCUUGUAUACUUCAAUUUAUAGUCCACCAAUCGUUUACAGAUCAGAGCUGCAGACAGGCCAGUUAAGCUCCUGGACUCUCUUGCUGUGGAGCCAGGUUGUUGUUUUAUGUGCAGAAUGUGGUUGGGCAUUGUCUUGCAGAAAUAUGAAGGUCUUUUCUGAACAACUCAGUAUAUGGUGCUCAAAACCUGUUUAUAAUGUUGAGCAUAAAUGGUGUGACUGUGAGCUACUAAGAAGAUUGCUGGAUCCAUGAGUCAAAUUUUGGCACAACCACCUGUCUUUCUAGAUCAUUUUUUGCAUUGCUCAGUUUGAACCUGCUCUUGUGAAGGCAGCAAUAAACAGUGUUUUCAUACGAUUGUUUUUUUAGAUGCCCAAGGAUCAGAGUAAUUAAGAAUUACAUUCAGACUUUGUGUCAUUUAUGCAGUGUUUUUUUUAAGAUUCUCAGCGUUUUUUAAUGGAUAGUAUCAACUUAAGAUGAUAAAAUCUGCAAAGUUUUGUAAUUUUGGGCUAAACAGAUAUAAUAAUAACUUGUUCAAACUACUUGCCCAUGUCCCUCACAUAGCGGUAAACCUCUGCCAGUCAUUAUUUCUGAAGGACUCAACCUCACCGCAGUGUCCUUUUUAAAUCAUGUUACCAAACUGUUGCAAAAUCAUAAUUUGUCGUGGGAUGUUUCUCUGUAAGUUUUUUUUUUUUUUUUUGAAGCAUCACACAACUUUUCAGUGUUUCGUUGUUCCUAUCCCAACAAUUUUUUCAAACAUCUAAAAUGAAAUAAGCGUUCAUAGUUCUUAAAGCAAAAAUUCAUAGUUAAGUAUAAAAUUGUCUUUGCAUUAUAUUCAAAUAAAUGUGGAGUCUGAAUGAUUUGCAAAUCAUCAAAUUCAAAUUUUAUUAACUUGUUAAAUGUAUUCUGAAUUGCAUCCUCACAUCCUGCCAGAUUUGACCUGUUUUAUGUAUUUCUGGUGGAUCUUCACCUGCACCGUGCACCACUGCACUGAGGUUCAUUACAGUGGUACAAACCUGAAAAACUAAUAGAAUAUCCUCUAAUUUGAUGGGAUUAACAAAUCCAUAAAUUAAAAUUAAAAUAAAACAGUUUUGCGUUGAAAAAUUGUGCUUUGACAAGUUGGACUGCAGGAGGAUGAGAAUGACACUGUUCUGUAUGUUGAAUGGAGGUUGUUUUAAUAUUUUCUCUGCUAACCCAGGGAAAUCUAAUCACUGAUAGGCUUUACUGUCUCAGGGUCUCAGGGUUAUUUUCCCACUGGUGACAUGUAUAUUUGUUGCAUGAUAGAUUGAACUGUCUUUUGAUCUUAAUACACCAUCAGACUUAGAUUUGUCAUCCAGUUUGUUUGAAAAGCCUGUCACAGCAGAUUCAGUGGAUCUUCCAGUAGCAGAAGUUUCCAUCUUGGGUCCUUGUCCUCAAUAAAAGACGGUGACUGUGUCUGUGCACCUGCCAACUGUUACAAUGACAACUGUUCCUGACCCACAUGUCAGCAAAUACGGAUAUGAACUGAGACAAAAACCUCUUUGACCUUCUCGCAGAUUGACAGCGCUGUGAGACGCUUGGAGAAAAGCAAAGAUAAAACUGGAUGUCCCAGUGCUUGGGUUCUCAUUUUUUAAGCAUUUCUGUUGUUCAGAUCUUAAUCUUUACUUUGUUCUUGCAAACUAGAAGCAGUAAAUCAUGACUCAUCAACAGUCACCAAGGAAUACUUCCAUACCAGUCGCAUGCAGCACAUUUGUGGGUUUGGGGGAAUCAUUCUGUCAUUGUUUUGUUUGAAUACUUUUAAAACCAGCCCAUAAUUUUAGCUUUUUUUUUUUUUUCUUCCAAAGUUGCCAUCCUCUGAUUUUAUACCAACUUGUCAGUCUUAAAAACAAACAUUCAAAGCCUCAAAGAGCUAGAAUAAAAAUAAAAAAGCUUUCUCUGCUCUUUGUUCCAAACCAAAUAAUCAGCUCUUAUUCCCCUUACCAGCAAAAACGGUCUGUUUGACAUAUAGUUCACAAUCGAAGCCAGUGAGGGUCUCAUCUCUUUUAAACAGAGUGCACACAUGUAAUACACACACAUACACACACCUCCACCAGUUCUCUCUGUCUCAGAACUCUUGUUGAAUGCUAAGUACGACAGGAUUUAUACAUUUCUCUCCCUCAGGUCUUUGUGCAAUCUGCAGAAGUGCCGCCAAUGUUUCAGGAAAUUCUGUCUCUGGAGUGCUGUUGCAAUGCCAUCUCACUAAGAUGUGAUUAUCUCUUUUAUUCCUUUAGCCAAGCACUCAUGGACACUCACAUAAUGUCCAUACCAGCACAAUGUAUUUUCGUUUUGCGCUUUUAAAAGAAAGAGGCUGUAAAUUUCCCAAAAGUCCUGUGCUGUGUGUUCAAACCCAGCAGUCGUCUACUUACAUAUGCAGAGCCCUGCUCCAAAGCAGCACUGUGGGGCUGUUGAGCACAGACAGACAGAAUGUUUUUCACUUUAUUUGACAUUUGAGACAUUUAUCCUGGCAUUAAGCCUUGGGGCAGUAGAGUUUCCCCUGUGUCCUCAGAGGCAAGUCACUCUGCGCUAACUUUGCCCCAGAGGAAAAUAAAUAUGCAUGCAACAGUUGAGCAUGUGUUUCCCUGCGGCGUAGCCAAAGUAAAAGUCUGGUGAUACUCGAAUUUCCUCUUUUGCCACUGGAUGCCAAUCAAACAGCCUCUCCUGGAACGCCUAAAGAAAGGCGCAAGACCUUAGCUGAUCUGUGACUGGAGGGGUUCUGUGGUACUGAUGUUUGACUUGCUGAGAAACACCAAGCCUUUAGCAGACUCUUCCUCUGGAUUCGUUCACUUUGAGCCUGAUCUGGACCACUUAUACACGUCGAAGAGGUUGAAACUGCCCUGCAACACCGCCAUGAGGAUACAGAUGCACGCCUAUGUUCUGGGAGGAUAGAGGUGUUGGACGCAGGGCCCGGACUGGACGAAUAUGCGGUGAUAUGUCCCUGCGGUUUGGCAGCGAGUCCUCCAGUCUUGAGACAGCGACCGAGCAGCACGUUGAGGAAAGCUUUCUUGAACUCCUGGCUGAAGCAGGGGUAGAUAAUGGGGUUAAUACAGCUGUUGAGGUAACCCAGCCAGAAGGUGAUCUUAAAGAUGGUUUCAGAGGGCUUACAGGAUGGAAAGAUUGAUCCUGGAGAAGACACAGACAGACACAACUCAGAAAACAAAUGGAAAAUAAACACCAUUCCCCUGAAACCCCAAGACUGACUGAAAGCUCAAUCCACUUAACCCACUGCCUGCAGACGUUUUUUCCACAAACCUUUGGUUUGCAUCUCUUUUUAAUGGUUUGGCCCUUUUUUUCUUUGCUAAGUAAAACCAUGAUGCUUCAGUUUCUGAUGUCUCUCUCUCUUAAGUGGCUUAAAUGGGUCAAAUCUACACAGGCAGAUACAAAGGCUGGUUCAGGAGACUUCUACAACUCUGAAUAAUGCCCAUGAUCUUAGAAUGUUUCAAGCUCCCCUGGAGAGUUUUAAGCUGGUCAUGAAACAAAUACUGUUGAAAGCUGUGAAAACAGAUGAAAACAUUUUAAUUUAUAUUUAUCUGAAUCUCUGGUUCUUGUGCUCUAAAUGGUCGGUAACUCAGCUGACAGUGAAACUUUGAAAAAAAAAAUAAAACCUUUAAAGCUUUGGGACGUUGUAGUUAGAUCAGUGUGACAGUAUCCAUGUGAUGUUUUUUCUUAAAUCUUGUUGUGGACAAAAACAAUUGUCAUGAUGUGACUUUUAAGCCCCAAAAUACGGAUAUUGUUCAGCAGCGUUGCGGCAGCAGCUGCGUUGCGGUAGCAGCAGCAUAGCAGUGGCAGUAGUAGCCGUAGGCUCAGUAAAAACAUUGUCACUACAGAUUUCUUGGCCUUUUAGUUGAUUUCCUGCUAAUUUGGAUAUUAUUCUGUGGCUGUUGUGCUUUUACUGUUGGUGUACUGUUGGUUAUUUUCCACAAAGGCAAAGUGGUGGAGCUGAGGUGGGCCUGAAGACUCCCCGGUAAUGCACCUGCCUGUUAAUCAAAUCAGCCAUGCUCCUAAUUAUGUCAAACUCUUAGCAUUAAUGUCCUGCUUUAUUAUUAGCCUGUAAACAUGUUACCUUCCACAUUUUGGCAUGUGGGUGUUCAUGAGGUCUCCCUGAGUUCUGGAGCUGGCCACUUAGGAUUUUUCUGUUACAUAUCCGUUACAUAUUAGCUGAACUUUCCGCAAUGAUAGUUGUUUUUUGCAUAAAAUCAAUAAAGCCUGAAUUAAUCUCUCCUUGAGUUAGAGGAGCUCUAUCUACACCAUUGAAUGUAUGAAGGACAGGAAGCCUAUUAGCUUCAAUAACAAGGUCAACGCCAAAGAUCUUGUUAUCUGCAAUUUUUUUCCAAUAUUUAUUUUUCUAUAUUUUAUCUGAUUUGUUGAUACAUUCCUCGUUUCAUUUUCAAUCAUUCUUCUAUUACAGUUCUGUGUUUUCUUGAAUGAUAAUUAUCAUAAUAAUUACCUGCUUAAUUAGGUUGUCUUGUUUCAUUCUAUACAGUCUAUGAGGCAGGUAUUAUGCAUUAUCCAUUACAAAUUAAGAUCAAAGCAACGAAAGUAUUCCUAAGAAGUCACCAAAUACAGUUAUCCAUCAUGUGAUUAAAUUACGUGAUUUAUAAAUGGCCACUUAAUGGAGCUAUCUGCUGCAGUGCCUAAUUGAAUCAACUGUUUCCAGGCAAUUAAACUUCAUGUCUCCCAGCUCCAUGCAAAACCCUAUGCAAAGAUUGUGUUCACACUCCAGCCACAGUGCAAAAACAGGAAACAUCUCUCUUAGAUGGAGAAAUAAAAGCUGCUAAAUUUAAGUCACAGCUCUGAUUCCUGUGCUCAAAAGCAGUCUUUGUAAAAGCACUACUUAACGGUAGAUUUAUAUGGUGCUGUUGAUGAGUGGUAUUCACUUCGUUAUAUGCACUUGCUUAUGAUAAUGUACUGUCUUCGUGAAAGGAUGGGAACAAAGUGCUUUGGCACGACAGGCCUUCAAUCUCAAGGCAGAUGUAACAUAAAAAAUGGAGGGGAGGGGUGUUGAAACCCUCAUUCCAGAUAUCUCGACUGUCUUCGCCUCAGAGCUAAUAUGAUCGCUGUGCUAUGAGCCAUGAAGGUUCGACUCAAUUGAAAUGCAGAACUGUUCACUGAUGACUUGCUGUCUCGGGAGGCUACAGGGUGACUGAGGAUGCCUCCUAGUAUUACAGCCCAUUAGGCCCCAUGCUUGUUAUCUAUAAUAGCUUUCUUAGGAUGGUGCAAUAGUCUGGUUUAUUUCAUUUCAUAUCACAGCAUAAGCUCAUUCUGCCUCAGUGGUGUUUUGGUCUAUUUGGUUACUUGUAAUUGAAUUUUUGAUGUCCCCUCUGAGAGAUCUGAGCAGCAGAGUUGAAGCACAGCGAGGGAUGAAGGUCCUUCAUGGUUUUUGUGUUCAGAGAGCAAAAAAAAGGACAGAGUCAUCAAGCAAUAAUUACGGCCUCAACAGCUUUUGUGUGCCACACCACAGGACGGCUGCUGUUAGAUCUCUGUGUUCAAUGUUCAGCAGCACAGCAGAGUCAGUUACGGGUUCUUGUUGGGGAUUUUACUUGUGCCAAGUAAAAAGUCAGACAGUUGGGCUUCAUACUUGGCA